UAUCGCGCAUGCGCUCUGCUGCCCCGAGUCAGGGCAUCAUUUGGCUCAGCUGGUAUAUGGAGGAGUAUAAAUUAUUUUGCCGAUCGGGAAGAGUGUGGGAUUUUAAAUGAUUGUGUGACUGCGGGCAUUCGGCAGCGCUGGCCGUAUCAUGGCAGGAGACGCCGCUAUCCCCAGGCUCCAGGUCAGUCACAGCUCUGUGUACCUGUGUUCUGCUCAGAUUACUAACAUCCCCUUACCCCCACCCCAACCAGAUGUUAAAAAAAAAAACUACAACUCCCAUGAUGUUUUCCAACUACCAAGGCUGAGAUUGCAUCAUGGGAUUUGUAGUCCUCCAUCUAGCUUCAGCCUCCCCAUCACUCCAGGCUCAGUUUCAUACAAUCUGUUUAUUCUAGGCUGGGAUUUACAGCAGAGGUGGCCUUUAAGUAGAGCCCUAGCAGUUGCUGGACUCCAACUCCCUUGAUGCUCUUUCACCCUUUUUUAAGCUUGCAGAGCAUCAUAGGAGUUCUGCAACAACUGUGAUACAGGACUAAUGCUCAGCUGUGAUUUAUUGGUGUCAUCAGUGGGUUGUGUGUGUUUUUUUUUUUUUUUAAAUAGUCUGAGUUAGAAAUAGUAGCAAGUAUGGUUUUUGUAUUCCAUUAUUUUAGAGUUUGUUGAAUAUUGGCAAUGUUUUAUAAGAGACGUAUGGCGAUGUAGAUAUGACAGAGAUGUCAUUGAUUGGGGAAAUCUUCAGUAUCGAUUAACGUGGCAAUUUUGGGAAAUAAAUACUGGGAAAAAAUAAUAGACGAAGCUGUAAAAUUUGGAUGGGAAUCAAUAAUGCACUUUUUUUUUUUUUUUUUAAAUAUAUAAAUUAAAAGGGGGGGGGGAAAAAAACAGCUGUAGAUAUAUCUAUAUAUAGUCUGAAAAUCCCUGCAAGUUAAUCAGGGUAUCAUCUAUUUCGGCUCCACUUCUGCAUCAGCAAUGUCAGUUUUUUUUUUUGUUUUUUUUUUCUUCUUCAAAAUUUGGAUGGCAGCAAUAUGGUGAGAGGGCACAGGCUCUGGGCUCCUGUCACAUUAGAACGGUACCCUUCUACCACCAUAGCCAUAAAAACAGACUAUGGUGUUUAACCCCUUAAGGACACAUGACAUGUCAUGAUUCCCUUUUAUUCCAGAAGUUUGGUCCUUAAGGGGUUAAAGUGUAUACCAUAGAGUGUCCAGUUUCAGGCUUCUAUCCAUCUGUCCUGGGUUGUUCCCUAGUGUUUCGUAACCAGGGGCUAUUCUUACUAUUCUGCUACAUCCCCUUAAUGACCGACCUUUGUUAAACUUUGAUGUAAUGUUGGCGGCAUCAUGAAAUAUGCUUUAUCGGGGGGAAAAAAAAUCUGCGUAGUAAAAGGACAAUCUUGCUUUAUAAAUAAACUUCUGAACUAUAUAUCCGCUUACUUCAUAACCUCAUAGAUUGUAAAAUAGUUUAAGCAAGGCUUUCUUCAACUAUAAAUAUCCUCAUUCUAUAAUUGUAAAGUGUUGCAUAUGUUGAUGCCACAAAACAAUCAUAUACAUUAUUUAACCACUUCCAACCCCCACUUUGGCAGUGGUCUUGGAAUUCAAAAAUUUCAGAAUUAUAUUAGCAUAAAAGGGCAGCAUUUCUUUCACAUUUUUACAGAUUAAAGAAGCAAAGUUUAUGUAAUUUUAGAACUGAAUCUAUAAAUGCGUACUUUAUAUUUGUUUACCCUCUUGCAGGCAUUAAUCCAUUACUACAGUCAGGAAAAGUACUUUCAUCACGUCCAACUUGCUGCUAAUGAAGGUCUCAAGGAGUAUGGAAAUGAUCCUGUCUUUCUGUUUUUCCGGGCUUUUGGGAUGUUAAUGGAAGGUAAUUGCUCAUAGCCUUAUUUCCACAUUGAAUGUAACCAUGAUUCUUUGAACGUUAAAUAGAAUUUCACGUUUUUUUUUUUUUUUUUUGCCUAAAACAGAUAAGGUGCAGGAGUCUAUCCGUGAACUGGAGUUGAUUAAAGACAAGCCAGAAGUAUCACUAUGCACUUAUAUGGCAUUAAUUUAUGCUCACAAGAAAGCUUCACAUCCAGGUAAACUGAAAAUGUUUAAACUCCAGGCUACUCUUUGGUCUGUAUAACAACUCAUCGUAAAAUCACUUUUUAAUAAGCUUCCUCUAAUUUUGUUGUGUGCCUGCUAAAUAAACAAAUAAAUUUUUUUACACAUGCUUUUGUAACUGCAGCUGGUUCCCCUAUUUACCACUAUAACGUCUUAAAGCAGUUCCUUAAAUCCUAAAGAAACUGACCAGAAAUUCGUUCAUCUGUUCUACUCCCUGCUUCCUAAUAUCCCACAAAAGGAUUACUGUAGAGGUCAAAUAAUCAGCCACUCACUAAUCCUGUUGUGGGUGGGGGAGGUAGGUAAGUUCGGUACAAAAAGUGCACGCAUGUAUUUUUGUUUUUUAACUCCUUUUAAUAUUAAGUAUGUCGCACAUUAAAUAAAACAGAGGUGUGUUUUUUUUUUUUUUUCCUCUUUUUUAUUAAGUGUAUUGAAAAUAUUAACAUGUGGUAUAGGGGCUUGGAAGGCAAAAUAAAGUUAAAGGAGUAUAAAUGGUUCAGUAAUUCAAAAAUAAUAUUGUAUAUGAAACAGAGUACAUUUGACAAUGAGACAGUUGCAUGUUAAGCAUAGACCUCAAAUUGAGAUGUACUUAAAAUACAUCAAAGGAGCACUCCAGACACUAUAACCACUACAAUGCACUGUACUUGAAAUGGUGCCUGGAGAACCCUGGUACCCCUCAUUGUAAAGUGUCAACACAUUUUUAGAAUGGUGUGCCAUCCUCGCCUCCAUUAUUUCCUAUAGAGAGUUGAAUGCUCCUGUUAGCAUUCUGUUAGCACUCCUGAGAUAAGCUGUGCAAUGUGGAGCUAGCCAUUGGCUGAAACCAUCAGCUGAUAACUUUCAGCCACUGAGCUAAACCCUGCACUGCUGGGCUUUGCUCAGGUAGAGCGUUUCUGGCUUUCCAUAGUAAUUUUGCAUGUAGGGAGUAGCAUCUGGCAGUCUCCAGAUAAAUAACACUGUUCUAAAAUGGUUUCACUUCUUGCCCUGGGGGGAACAGGGCACUCCUUGCACCAUAACAACUAAUCACACUGUAGUAGUUAUGGUGUUUUAAGAGCUUCUUUUAACUUGGGGUUUAGGCAAAGGUAAGUAGUAUACAAAUAAGCUACUUAACCUAAAAGGUUUUCCAUUCUUAAAGUUUAUUUACAGCAGAUCAUCAGAUUUUGGAUGACAGCUUGAGAAGGGUGUUAGCAUGUUACACUAAUAGAGAUGUACUGGUCCCCGAAGACCCAUAUUAAAUGGAACUCUUUGCAAUUGUCUGAUGUUACUGACAUCCUCUCCUACAGUUCAAUAAGUGCCUACAGGUUUUUAAUUGCAAAUUCAGUAGCAGGGUCAGUGGCCGUUUCAAAUGUCGGUUGCUUUUUUUUUAAGGAUGCUUGAAGGUCCUCUUUGCCAAUGUGUAACAGUAGUCUUCAGCUAUGGUUGAGGUGUCCUGUGAGCACACAGCCAGCAUCCCGUCCAUUUUUUUUUUUUUGUGUACAUAUUACUCAAAGCGUUGAGAAAAGAUACAAAGGUGCCAAUCACAAGGAAAUGCUGCAGCUCUAACAGGUAUGCUAAGUACUAUAACCACAAUAACUCUUUGUGGUGGUUAUUGUACAGUAAUCUUUGUGUAAUUUUCAGGUUUCUGUCCAACUGUUUGAGGAAAUUUGAGAAAAACAACCACUCUACCCAUCCCCACACAAUAGUCUGUGUAUUCAACAGUCUUCACAAUGCAAGCUGUAUGAGUGCACUAUGCAUGUCAUGGACUUUCUAGAAUAAAGAGUCUUCCAGAUGGUUUUCAUGGAAUGCUGUGUUAGUUCCUUUCAUAUGAUGUUCCAUCUUGAAAACGAAAGCUGAGAAUAUAACUACAAGCCUGUAUGCAGCAUCCUGCAAACCAGUCCUCUCAAGAGGAUACUUAGAGGUCUCUGAUGCCUUUGGCUGUUCAGCUGGAAAAGGGAUCCAGUGUUGUGAGGAGGUUGAUUUUUCUCAUCUUUGUCCUUCUGAUCUAAAGAACGCACAUGUUCUGGAUGUUAAUAUAUACAAAAUGCACCUUUUUAUUAUUGUCCAAUGUCACAUUAAAGAACUUUAAUCCUGGUGUGAUGAUCCUUUUAAUUCUUAAAGUGUAACAGUUACUUUUGAAUUUUUCAUGAAUAUAGGAUGCCUGUAUAUAUUGCUUGUGUGAUUUCAGUAAAUUGCAAACAACAAUAUUUAUAUAAUUAUUUACUUUUUUUUUGUUAUUCACUAAAUACAGAAUUUUAGAAAAUGUAAAACUUAUUGCAAACCAGAGGUUAACAUAGCCAAAGUGGUGUCUAGCUGAGUUGGCUACUGUCUUUUUCCCCUCUCAAAUCAGUAAUUGUAGUUUGAAUUGUACCUGCUAUAAUGCAGCGUUAUAAACUUGUUAUAUCUUGAACUUGUUAUAUACCUUCUUGUAGGUAAAUGAGUGUUUCAUUGUAUUUCAAAUAACUUUGUUAAAAACCUCCCAAAACAACAAACCACACACAUUGAACAAUAAAAUAUUUUACAUGUAGGGAAGAUUAAAAAGUUCAGUUUGAUGCACUGUCCCUGAGACUCCUGAAACUUUAUGAUAAAGAGUGUGUUAAAUAUACCUGCCUUUUAGUACUUAUUAUCCUCCUCUUCGUUCUCUGAUAAUAAGGAAAUGCCACUAUUCUAAGCCUUAAUAUUGAUGUGCAAGUACAACCUAUCUGUACAUGAUCAAUUUUCAGGGUUUCAGUAAACACAGGCACCACAGACCAACUCUGGGUUGCAGGAAUGAAACAGCCACAAUAAAACUAUAAACACUGCCUAUGCCUGCAUAACCCUAUGUUAGCAGAGGGAUCCAUUAGUUUCAGCUUACAAAAAUGUACAGGAGCACAUAGGACAACAUAGAAAAUGGAAGGCAUCACAUGCAAUCCUCUGACUUCUAUGUAGCAUUAUUCCAUAUAUUUUUAUAUAUGAUAUGUCUGAACUUGUAGAUGCUAGUAUUUUUAUGUGUUUUAAACCACCCAGAAAUCUGUGUAUUGUGGACCUUAACAAUUAGCCAUUAAUAUGGGUACUGUGUGGGCUUGGAAACUCUUUGACUCACCUUGUAUAUUAUUAAACUUUCCACCUUUAUGGCACAGGGGAUGAAAAUUAAAAAUCUGGAGUUUUUCUAUACAGGCACCAUGUCCUUUUGCUGUCAAGUAAAAAAUCUUUUAGUGUGUACAGUGCAUGCUCAUGGCAAGAUCAUCAUCUGAGCGUGGUGCAGACCCUACUAAAUCAUUGCAUUCAUUAUUGCCUCACCCAAGAUUCACUGAACUGGGAACAAUGCUGUCAUACUGUGAACCAAUAGGCAGGACAUUAACUGUCACACUUAAUAUAAGGUGAUCAACACUGCAACAUAAAAUUAAUGAUGAACACAUUAUUCUAAUCUGUAAAUCAUUGCAUACUAACUAAAGAGUAAUAAAUGAAAUUCCUCACUGUUUAAAGUGUCAUUAUUUGUCACCACAAGAAAAUUAUAGCUUAAAAGCUGUAACUAUAAAUAUCCAGGCAGAACCUUUCCCUUGGGGCAAUAUAGUUCAUAAGAGUGAGCAGAUGGGCAUACUCCUAUUCUCCACAUUAAAAAAAAUGCCAUGGUUAGGGCCUAGUUUUUCAUUGUUCAAUCACUGCACUUGUCUUGUAUAUCCACUAAGAGAGUUUUAUUAAAGGGAAACUACAGACUUUUUAAUGAAUUGUGGUUAAGUAUGGUAAGAAAACAAAAUGGAGAUGAGUUGUUGACCUCUGAGUUUAUUUUGUUUAUCAAACGUGUCCAACUCCUCCAGGAACCAUUAAGUGGCUCACAAUAAUCCUCAAAUAAUCUUAACACUCCCAAUGUUCACAAAUGAAGUGCUGUGGACAUCCCAUAAGCUUCUGGCCAGCAGAAGGUUCUGGAAUAUGUAAAUCAGCGUACUGCACUGUUCUUGAAAAGGCACAUUGGUGAAAUCACUGUGCAAGCUGAUUUGAAGCCAUCUUGCAACUGUAUUAUUGACCACUAUGAGAGGCUGUUAAAAAUACCUUGGACAUGCAUGGUUUGUACCAACACUGUGCAUGCAGAUGCCAUUCAUUUACUUGUACAGACAGGGGGAAAAAGCAACACAGUGCAGAAUGUUUCUUGCAUUAUAACCUACCUAAACUGAAUAAGUGCUGGUGGUGCAUUCAGUGUAUUUGUACUUCGAAUGAAUAAACAUAUUACUAAUUAAUAAACUGUUUAUACUCUUAGACCGAGAAGCUUCUCAAGAUUUGGAUAUAAAAAUGAAGGAGCAUAGAAAAGUGGCAGGACAUCGAGCAUUAUACAAUGCAGGAUUGUUUCUCUGGCACGUCGGGCGCCAUGACAAAGCUCGUGAAUAUGUUGACAGGAUGAUAAAAAUAUCAAAUGGCAGCAGAGAAGUAAGUUAAGUACUAUAAAAAUUGAUCUGUCUGAUUCUGAAAUAUACCAAAUGUUAUAAGACUCUUGAGUAAUAAGUAAGGAACGGCAUACAGUGGGACCUCAGUUUACAAAUUUAAUGCGUUCUCUGGGAUGUUUUUUACUGCGAAAAAUUUGUAAACCGAAACGCGGUUUUCCAUAGGAACUGAUUGAAAACCAAUUAAUCCGUUCUGGAGGUCAGAAAAAAGUCAAAAUGAGCUGGCAUGGAAACAAACCCACAAUGCAGAACACACAGUAAAAGGCAUGCAGACGACGAAGUUCAGCUCCCUACCUUUCAACAGCUUGAGAAAUGCUCCAAAAAAGUCCCAAAACAACUGCAAACUAUUUCUAUAAUGGCUCUAAAACUCGAUGCAAAAGCCGCUCCAGCACCUCCAGACUCGACGCCACAUGUAACCCACAGGCUCCAGCAUGCAGGGGGCGGUGCUAUAAACCUCCCAGGUGCAAUGCAUCCUGGGGAAACUUGCUUUGUAUUGCGAAAAAAAAUUGUAAACCGAGGCAUUAUUUUCAAUGGAUUUUCAUUUGUAAACUGAAAAUUAUGUUAACCAAGGCGUUUGUAAACCGAGGUCCCACUGUAUAGGAAUGGAGUGAUCAAUGUCAAUUAAGUCAGUGUAUUGACAUCGUGACAGGGGAUUGACAUGGAAAGAGGCUGGCAGGAAGUGUUCCCAAGCAGGGCAACCAUAUUUAAGGGGGGGACAGGAGCUUGGCAGGGCUGGAACUUGAGUAACACUCAUGAACUUCCAAGCAUGACUGGGCUAGUAUUCUGGAGAGGAGGUAAGUUAGACCUCCCAAAGCAAUUUAAUGUGUAAUAUGUCAGAUGGAUGGUAUAUUUGUUGCUUUAGGAGCCGUUAUCUGUUUAGAUAAACCUGCCAUUUAACUGAAUGAUUCUUAACUGGGUAUAAAGGGACAUUGUAGUACUCAAAAGAACCUUAGUUUAAUUAGGCAUUUUUGGUGUAUAGAUUAUACCCCCACCUUCUCACUGCUCAAUUCUCUGCCAUUUAGAAGUUCAAAUCACUUUGUUUAUGCACCAUAGUCACACCUCAAUGCUAUGACCUACACAGACUUUCUAAACAUUUCCAGUAAAGAGUCAGCUAAUGUUUAAACUUCCUUUAUUGCAGUCUAUUUAACUUAGAUUUUCUUAUUUCUUGCUCUGUUAAUAGGUCGCUAGACCUUGCAUAAGUCUCCCGUGUGCGUGAUUAAACUUCCAUUUACAGAGCAGGAGAUUAAAGCAUUUGGAGUUAGUUAAGAUGUGAUUGAAAAUGAAACAAUUGUUUCUUAUGCAAACUGUGUCAGUAACAGCCUAGAAAGUGUGGCUAGGGCUGCAUGGACAGAAACAAAAGUGAUUUAACUCCUAAAUGGCAGCGAAUUGAGUAGGGAGACUUCAGAGGCAUGAUCUAUACGCCAAAGCUGCUUCAUUAAGCUAAAGUUGUUUUGGUGACUAUAGUGUUCCUUUAACAAGUAUACUAUGACACUAGAAAAAAAGGUAAACUGAAAUUCAAAUGCGAUUUGUUGAGGCUGCAGAGACUACAAGUUAUACUUUGUAAAGAGGAUUGUACAAAAAUAAAUUGCUAAAAAGUAAUGUCUUUCUUAAAACUGUGUAUAAAUAGAGUUUAAACCCCCAUGCAUUUGUAUGUUUUUUUAAAGGACCACUCUAGGCACCCAGACCACUUCAGCUUAAUGAAGUGGUCUGGGUGCCAGGUCCUUCUAGGGUUAACCCAUUUUUUCAUAAACAUAGCAGUUUCAGAGAAACUGCUAUGUUUAUUAAUGGGUUAUGCUUUCACCCUAAUCCUCUAGUGGCUGUCUCAUUGACAGCCACUAGAGGCGCUUGCGUGCUUCUCACUGUGAUUUUCACAGUGAGAGCACGCCAGCGUCCAUAGGAAAGCAUUAUGAAUGCUUUCCUGUGUGACCGGCCGAAUGCGCGCGCAUUCAGCCCAGGAGGAGGAGAGAAGGAGAGAAGUUUUACCCCUUUUCCCCUUUCCAGAUCCGGGCGGGAGGGGGACCCUGAGGGUGGGGGCACCCUCAGGGCACUAUAGUGCCAGGAAAACGAGUAUGUUUUCCUGGCACUAUAGUGGUCCUUUAAUCGUGUUUACUUCAGUCUUUUAUAUUUUUGAAUCAGAUACUGAAAACACAUAGUUUCGUGAUGCAGUUCUCAACAUAUAUUACUUCUAGAUGUUUGUUUUUGAAAAGCUUAAAGGGAAACUAUAGAGCCAGGAAAACCAAACUUAUUUUCCUGGCACUAUAGCCUUCCCUCUCUCGCGCCCUCCCCCUAUCCCUAUGGUGCAAUAGGGGUUAAAAAAAACAAAAAAAACUUCUGUCAUUUACCUGGGUUCAGCAACGAUGUCCCUCGGCGCUUGCUUAGGCUCAUUUUCACUCCUCCCUUGCCAACAUCAGCCUGCGGAGGAGACCUAACGCACAUGCGCGGCAAUGACCGCGCUCGCAUUAAGUAUUUCCCCAUAGGAAAGCCUUGCAUAAUGCUUUCCCAUGGGGUUUGGGGUGACGCAAGAUGUCCCCUUGCAUAGCAUUAAGGACAUCCAAAGUCAGGCGACCAAAAGUUGCCUAACAGCCCGGAAGUCCCUCUAGUGGCUGUCUGGUUGACAGCCACUAGAGGUGGAGAUAACCCUGACAGGUAAUUAUUGCAGUUUCUUAAAAACUGCAAUAAUUAACUUUGCAGGGUUAAGAGAUCUGGGAAUAUGCACCCAGACCACUUCAAUGAGCUGUCCUUUUUAUGUGAGGAUGCAACUGUCACUAGUCUAAUACUAUCCUUACCUUUUUGUGUCAUUUUACCCCACUCCCUCUAGCAUGUAAGCUCAUUGAGCAGGGCCCUCAACCCCUCUAUUCCUGUGUGUCCAACUUGUCUGGUUACAACUACAUGUCUGUUCGUCCACCCAUUGUAAAGCGCUGCGGAAUUUGACAGCGCUCUAUAAAUAUCAUAAUAAUAAUAAUAAUAAUAAUAAUGCAUUAGAACUGCAUAUUUGUUGACAAUACCACCAAAACCAUUUAACAUCUACAAAAUAAUGCAGUUUAGGGGUUUUUAUAUGAGAGGACAUUCAAUAAGAAACUCUCUUUUCAGGGACUGGUUUUGAAGGCAUGGCUUGAUAUGACCAGUGGGAGAGAGGCUUUGGCUAAAAAGGCACUGAAGUACUUAGAGGAAGGACUCCUGGACGAAACAGAUGUAUUUGCCAUGAUGGGGAAGGUAAGAUGGUUGCACAAAUGCUAAAUUAAUUGAAAUCUUUAUGCUUUAGAUCAGUGGUUCCAAACCCAGUCUUCAAGUACCCCCAACAGUCCAGGAUUUAGGGAUUACACAGUUGCGUCUAAGGUGUUUUUAGGAAAAGGAAAAGGAACCACUUUAGACAAAACAGGGUAACCCCUAAAUCUUGGACUGAUAGGGGGUACUUGAGGACGGGGUUGGGAACCCCUGCUUUACAUCAUAUGUUACCAUUAACAGGUAACUAAGGUACGUUGUUUGUUUGUUAUUUGUGGUACAAUAAACUCUUUAUUUUGUUUACUUUAUUGUUUUGCCUUCGUUUGCAUGAAUCUAAACUUUUAAUUUUAGAAUUGAAAUCAAUUUCAUUUUGAUUCAUGCUUUGAGGCUAGAAAAGAAAACAAAUGGGAGCAGAUCCAGCACAUGCAACGUCCCUGAAGAAUAUGUUUAUUGGAAACAUACAAGCAAUCUUUUAACAUCAUAAAAUCCCCUAACUGGGUUGAAGUAGUGCUCGUAUGUUUUCAGUAAAUCUGCUCUUGUGGGAUUUUGCAUUUUCUCAAUCCUCUUUAUUUGUAGUUUUAAUGUUUAGAUUAUCUGGGUCCCUAACUCUUUCUUUUUAUACACUGUGUCAUUUUUGGGAGACAGGUGAGCUCUCAUAGAAAAAGUAUUCUUUAUCAUUGCAGUUGCAUAGAAGGAGAAUUCAGAGUUCAUGUAGAUCAGCAUUAGAUUUUCUAUAUAUCACACACAUAAUCCAUAAUGGCUUCCUUGACAAUUGCCAUGUAAUUUCAGCCCAGACAAUUUCCAAGUCCAGGCUCUUGAAGCCCUAACUCCAUUACUAUUUGUUUGAAUGUUUAAUGGUUGUAGUAUCGGGGCUGUUAAACUUAAUUCAUACUUAGUGUUUUAAAGGAACACACCAUAACCAAUACAUCACACUGUAGUCAGACUGUUUUAAAACAGUUUUACAUCUUACCCAGGGUCUAGCCAUACAUUGCUCCUCACCCCCACUGCUUCUUGUGGAGAGACAAAAGCUCCCAAGCGGUAGCUUCCAUUAGCCCUGCAGUGCAGGACUGAUUCAUGGGCAGGGCUUAUCUCACACAGACACAGUCUGAAGUAGUGCAAGUGGGUAGCAGUGCCAGGCAGACCCCAGGUAAGAAGCCAAGCUGUUCAAUACUAGUUUGACUACUUACAGUUUGGGGUGCAAAGGCAGUCCUGGCAACAUAACUACUAUGGGGUGCUGUAGUGGUUAAAAUGCUCGAAUUGUUCCUUUACCAACACCUUGGGAUGCCUAUUUCUGAGUACCCAGCAGUAUUCAAAGACCUACAAGAGACCUCUUGGUGACUUUGCUUGCCUCUCCACAUCCUAUGUCAAUAGCAAUUUGUGCUCAGGCUGUAUUUAGAAGGACUUUAGAAUCAUGUAGCCCACUUAAAUUCUUUAAGAUACAGCAGAAGAGUGUAGCCAACAUUCGAUUAUCACCAAGGUAGGAUGAUUUUAGAAGCAUUUGUUACCAGAGAUUCUUCAUUAUCUCUUUGCACUUUUUUCUUUAUAACCCAUGACAAUUUUGUUUAUGCUGCUUAAAUUGUCAAUCAUUUCAAGAGAUGUUGGGUACCUGUAAUUUGCCCUUUCCUUUGUGUUUAAGGCAUACUAUUUUGAGGUACGGCAAAAUUAUUCAGGAGCCUUGGAAUCUGUGAACAAAAUCAUAGUGAACUAUCCGAGCUUUAUUCCUGCUUUUAUUAAGAAAAUGAAGCUUCAGCUGGCUCUGCAAGACUGGGAACAGACUGUAGACACUGCAUUGAGGUUCAGUAUACAAACUGUGCUUCCUCACCUCACAAAUGUCAAAUGCUAGCUUUCCAGAUUGAUAGGCAUAUUGGGGAAAGUGUGGGCUGGUGGUAUUUUCUGUUGCUCAAAAAGCAGUAAAGAAUGAAUGCUGAAAUUAAAUUGCUGAGCUGAGAUGGAGCACACUAGGAUUUUGGAAACAGUACAACAUUUCAAAUGCUUUAAACAGAGUUUGAAAUCUGUGUUUAUAUCCAAAAUUUGUAGCCAGAAAUAAUUUCUCUACUAACUAAGGAUGUAUGUCUGGUAUAAAUAUAGCAGAUAUAGCAUUUACAGUGCCCCAUUCAUAUAAAAAAAAAUCACAAGUAAUAUUGUUGUAGUCUGUGUGUGUGUGUUUGUGUGUGUUUUUAAUACUUAAGUUUAGCAAGUUUUCUUUUUUACAUAUGUGUGUCUACAAUUAUGUGAAAAGAGUGAGAUAAAAGCAAUAACCAUUUGUGCUGUAAAAAUGACAAAAUUCAUGGCUUGAGUUAUUUGCUUACCUCUGCAUGCUUAAUCAAUAAACUGAUUUACAAAAAAAAUAAAUCAUGGCUUGAGAAUCUCUUGAUGAUGUCGUAUUUAAAGACACUUACUGGAGGCAGAGAAUUCCACACCUUUAUUAUUCUUGCUGUAAAGAAACAUUUUCUCAGGUCGAGUGAAUACUUGUCCUUCGUGUGUCCCUGUACUUUCUUUUGCUCUUUUUAUAUCAUUAUCUUGCUCUCUCAUUUCUGGUUCACAAUAUACAGAUACAAUGCUAAUGCAGUGUAUUUUAUUAUAACUGCACUCUUCAUUUCAUAAUAAAGUCACCUUCGCCAGCCAUUGAUCAUUCUAAGCACAUACUGCAUAAAGUGCAGGUGGAUCAAUGAGACCCUUAGCCACCCUGACAGACGGAUUUUAGUUGAGAAUAACAUUUUUCUGCAAAACGUUGAUGAAACCUCUAGUAGUUAAAGGUACCAAUUAAUCGUGGAGCAGGGCUUGAUUACUGAUCGAGAAAAUCCUUGUAAUUUACCAGACACCCACAUACCAUGCUUACACGAUAUGUUUAGCCUCAAGCAGACUACUGCUGAAUACGAUUUGAGCCUGCUAACUACUACUAGCACAAGGCAACCGUAAACGGUAUAUGUGCAUGCACUUUAUUAAUAUAGCUACAUGCCACUGGUGACAUGCCUUUUUUAUAUAUAUUUUCAUAUAUUUAUAUAAAUAUAUAUAUAUAUAUAUAUAUAUUCUAUAUGUGUGUGUGUGUAUUUUGAAAUUUCCCACAAAGGUCAAAUGACAAUGAUGUGAAAAGAAUGCAUUUCCCUGAAUGAGCUCAGAUGCACUCAUAGGGUAUUAUUCACUUAACAGUUUUGUUGUGUUAAUAACAAGCAUUUGAAUUGUAAAUGUUUUUUUCCAUUUCCGCUAAAUUUGCCUGUCAGUAAAUAUAUCCUUAGGUUUGUUUCUUCUACUUUAGCUCCAUUUCAAAAUAUAUGUGUAUUAGAGUUUAUUUUAUUUAUUAAUGUAAAUGUGCAAAAUAUCAGUUAAUUUGAGUAAAAUAAGAAAUCCAUUCACUCUAGGUAAAUUCAAUAGGGUUAGAAUAGACACAACUGGAUACCUGUCACGGGUGGCGGUGUGAAAACCGACACCCCUGUAUGCCUGAUGAUGGUAGGACUUACAGUGUGGAAAAGGACUAUCAUGGUCUCAUGCAGGGUAAACACACGCUCCCUGGUGUUGAGCAUCAAGGUUUGUGCGGCCACAUACCAAGGCCCUGAUGCAGGUACUACGGAUCCCAGGAGCUUGAUGAUAUGCAGAUCUCCAAAGAUCUGGAUAGGGAGGCUCUGCAGCAGAUAUGUAUCCAGUACUAGCAACAAGGCAAGACUAGAAUAGGCACCAAACAAGAUAACAAGACAAGACGAGAAGAACCCAGAACCGGAGCAGGGCAGAAAGCAAAACCCAAAACAUGUACACAAGACAUGAGGGAAAACAAGAACAGGCCAGGACUGUACAUGAAUACAAGACAAGAUCUAAAUGGCAAAACAAGAGGAGAAAUAACUAAGUACUAUAGAUGCAAUAAACAUUGGAAUUUUAGACAUACAGAAAUGGCCAAGUUGUAUGCAGUCCACCACUGCGCCAAAGUACUCCAAUUACGGUGGGUCCUAACUGCCUAGUUAUGCAUGACUAAAAGUACAAUAAUAAAACACACACAGUACUUAUCUGCAUUAUUGUAACUGAUCACUGAAAGUAGAGAAGCAUGAAGCUCUUUACAAAGAACAUAGGGAGUUAAGGGGCCUACUCUCUCUAAAAGUUGCUGAAAUAAGCUGAGAGCAAUGUUAUAAGUAAUGAACCUGUUACCAUACAGUGUAAAGAGCAUACUGUUCACAAAUCAUAGUUGGAGACUCUGUGAUUUUCACAGUGAGAAUCACGGAAGCGCCUCUAGCGGCUGUCAAUGAGACAGCCACUAGAGGCUGGAUUAACCCUAGUGUAAACAUAGCAGUUUCUCUGAAACUGCUAUGUUUACAGCUGCAGGGUUAACCCUAUGUGGACCUGGCGCCCAGACCACUUCAUUGAGCUGAAGUGGUCUGGGUGCCUAUAGUGGUCCUUUAAGGGACAGGGAGGAGAGAGGUACACUAAGGGACGGGGAGGUGAGGGGAGAGGAACACUAAGGGACAGGGAUGGGAGGUAAGAGGUACACUAACGGACAGGGAAGGGAGAGGAACACUAUAUAUUCUUGAAAACAAACAUCUGACUGGCAUGUAUAUUUUGUGCAUUUACCACUUAAUAAAAAAAAGGCAAAAAUAAUAAACUUGUUCACUUAACAGUAGAUUUGUGUAGAAAUUGUUUCUUUUUUCAAAAUGGUAAAUGUACAGAAUAUCGAUAUCAGUAAGUUAUCGGCCUGAAAGUUCAUUGAUUAUCGUUAUCGGCUCUAAAAAAUUCAAUAUUGCUCGAUCCCUACUCCUAAUAUAUCCCACCCUUGACAGCUGCCAUUGAAACAAUAUAGUCAAUGUUCUUCACUUCACCUGUCAGUGGUUUUAAUGUUGUGGCUGAUCAUUGUAUAUCCCUGUUGUAUAUUCUAAAUAAGUGCAAAAUAUGUUGGCCCAAGAUAAUUGUUAAUAAUAAUGCUUGUUCCCUUUUAGGCUGCUACAGCAGGACAGCCAUAACCUGGAAGCUCUGAGAAUGUUAGCUCUUCAUUAUUUGUGCCGAGAGGGGAAUGUACAUGAGGUUUGUUCAUAUUUUAUAAACAUAUGAAACAAAUGAUAUCUUGCACAAUUGUGUUGAUGGCAAGGUUGGCUUCAGACCAGUUAUAAUAUGUAUUCUAUAUAGGAUGCUAGGGAAGUUAAGACUAACAUUUAUUAUACAGAUUAAAUUAUAAAUUGAAGUUAAUGUCCAGGUCUCUUCUGUGGCAGUGCACGGAUGCAUGUGCACACUAACUGCAGAGACUAGAAUCUUAAAGUGUAUGUAACAUUGUAUUUCUACAUUUAGUAACAUUUCAGGCUGUACAAUAGUGUGAAUAUUACAGUAUUCUCUGGAGUGAAAUACACUACACUGGUAAUUUAUAAUCUACAUGGCAGGCACCACCAUUUUUUAUAGAUCGUAGUUUUCUGACACUCCCACACUCAGCAGCUUUCUUCGGCAUUUCCCUGCACGUGGGUUCUCAUGGGGAUCACUUACAUAAAAAAAUGCUUUUCUGUCCCUCUACAGAAAGAUGAUGGUGAAUUAUGCAUUGUAUGUAGAUCAAUAUAUUUUUAUUCAACUCAUCUACCUGUUUCACCCCUGAAAAUAUUGCAGACAUGUUUAUUUAUGCUGACUAUAGAAAGAAAUUCCCAAAAACUAUUUUUAAGGAUUAAAGAUAAAGUCUUAUAAGUGCUAGUUCCUGCACUGUUAUACUCCAUAUUUUGUAUAGGACUUGUGCAUAUAUUUAUUCAGUGUAUUUAUAAAAAGAAAUAAAAGCAUGUUACAACUUAAAUAUAACUACAUAGUUCCUGCAUUCUGCAAAUAUAUAUCUGCUAUAUUGUAAGGUAAAUACAAAAAUGUUUUAGUAAUCAUUUUCAAAGUUACGACAGGUUAAUGUUUAUAGACCUAUAGAAAAGUAAUGUUACAUAUGUUUUAUGUUUGGGGUAAGGCAGAACCAUAUUCUGGUUUAUUCACUUCACAGAAUUUAGGUCAAGACAGUCAAGUUGGCAAAAAGCUUAUUUUCCUUAAAGGGAAAUGGAGCAGUUUUGGUGUAUAGAUCAUGAGCCUGCAGUCUCGCUUCUCAAUUCCCUCCUGUUUAGGAGUUAAAUCAUUUUGUUUAUGCAGCCCUAGUUACACGCCACAUACUUACACAACCUUCCUAAACACAUCCUGUAAAGAGCAAUCUAAUGUUUAAAUUUCUUUACUGUACAUUCUGUUUAAUUUAGAAUUUUGUAUCUCCUGCUCAGUUAACAGCCUCCUGUGUGUGAUUUAAAGUUCAAUUUAUAGAACAGGAGAUACAAGUUUCCAAAGUGAGUUAACAUCUGACUGAAAAGGAAACCAUUUUUUUCCCAUGCAGGCUGUGUGAAUCACAGCUAGGGGAGGUAUGGCUAGGGCUGCAUGGACAGAAACAACAGUGUUUUAACUUAUACAUUGAGGAGUGAGACUGCAGGAGCAUGAUCAAUACACAAAAACUGCUGCUUUAACCUUUGAUGCCUAUAGUAUUACUUUAACAUUACCAUUUCACCAACAGACCUCUUCCUUUUUUAGGCUACAGCUAAACUGGGGGAUCUGAUCAAUGCGUUGAACCGGUAUGAACCACACAAUGCUCAGCUAUAUUAUAGUAUGUCACUGGCUUUCAGCAGAAUGGUAAGUAUGGCGCCAUUUACAGUCAAGAUUUAUAAAUGACAUUAGCAUGCUUUUGCACCGUUUAUGCUGUAAAAAUGAUAUCUGUACUAUUAAAAGGUUUUGCAGGUUCAUAGAAACUGCAAUGUUUACAUUGCAUGGAUAAGACAACCUCUAGUGGCUGUCUUCCAGACAGUCACUAGAGGCUCUUCCUGGCUUCUUACGGAUAUUAUCUCAGUGAAAUGUUGCUGGACGCCCUCACGGUUUGCAUGAGUAUGUCUUAAAAAUAAGCAUAGAAAAACAUUGAAUCAAUGCUUUCCUAUGGGGAAAGUACAAUGCACGUGGCACUCACUGCGCACAGCAUUAGGUCCUCCAUCGGCAUGGUGUCUCUGAAGGAGGAGACUGAUCCAGCUCCGUGGGAUCACAGCAGUGGAAAAAGGUAACUGAAAAAAGUUUUUUUUUUUUUUUUUAAGCCCUUUUGUGGUCGCUUUCAUGGUAGCGACACACACCUACAGGUAAGGACAGGGGCAUGCUAUAGCUGAAUUCCUGAUGUGAUAGUGUUCCUUCAACAAACCAUUUACCAAGAAAUGGCAACCAGAAAUCAUGUUUUUUGGUGCUUUUGGAAAGUAAUGCGUACAUUUUAUGUUUCGUUUCAGUAUGCAUAUGUAGUAUAUUAUUUAAUGUUAAAAAAAAAAAUUAUAUUGAUUUUCAUUUGCGGACAGGAGAAAUCCGAAAAAUCCUUUACAGAAUAAUGAAAUAUCAUAUAAGCAGUGUUUUUAAAUAGUGUGUCAAUAAAGAAAGGAAACCAUGUCUAUGUGUUUAGUGCUGGAACCACUGCUGAUAAUCCUGCUUGCCGUACUGCUUGUGCAAGUAGGAUCUCUAGCAGAGCGACAUAGACAGAAAGCUAGUCUCUUUGUUCCUUGCUUAAGCAGAUGGCUCCCAGUGCUAGGUCUCCCAGUGCUACUGUGAUGAGAGCUGACUAGACAUAGCAAGGGCAAUUUUUUCGUUUGUAAGCGUGCUCUGUAUGCAUAAUCCUGGGCUAGGCAAACAUACUUUUAAAAUUGUGUACACGUUUUUUUCUAGAGAAGUGGUUAGUACUACAAAAGGGUUAUUUGUAUUUUAGAAAGCAGGUCAUGAGAGCUGUGGGUAGAAACAUGCAAUUGAACACUUGAAAGAAAAGCUGUAUUCUGAUUUUCUACUUUAAGCAAAGAUUGAUGCAAAUCCUGGUCAGUGAUUAGAAAAUGCACUGAUGAGAAUAAAUAAACAUGUGGUAGUCAAUCAGACAGCCACUAGAGGCACUUCCUGGUUGCCUAUGGACUUUCGUUCUUCUAAUGGGCACUGGAUAUCCUCAUGGUCUGCAUGAGGAUUCCUAGCAUCAGUAAGCAAAGCUUUCCUAUGGGGAGAGCCUAAUGCGCUUGUGUUGGAUGAGGACGGAGGAGGCGGAGAGCAAACCUAGUGCUGAGAAAGACUCGCGCUGGAAUCAAGUAAGUAACUUUAAACUCAGGGUGGGUGGGCUAGGUAGGGGGGAACUAGAGGGCUCUAUAGUGUUAGGAAUACAGAUUUUUUAAGUGUUAUUUUAUAUAACUUACUAUGUAGUAUUACUGUACCUUAACCUUUUGUGAUAUAUUGCUCGUAAUCAUUUCAAGAGUAAUAAGUUAAUAUUUUUUUUUUCUCUUAGUGUGAGCGUAAUUCACCCAUUCUCCAACAAACUCAAAUUCUAGUGGAGUGUGCUUUCAACAUGGCUUCUCAUGAUGCAUCAAUCGCCACUGAGCUUGGCUACCAACAUAUAUUGCAAGGCAAAGUGAAGGAUGCUUUAAAAUGGUACAGGACAGCUAUGGCCCUUGAUGAGAGCAGUGUGCCUGCCCUUACUGGUGAGUAUAUGGUGUGUGUGUGUCUGUGUGUGUGUGUGUGUGUAUGUGUGUAUAUAUAUAUAUAUAUAUAUAUAUAUAUAUAUAUACUAUAAUUCAACCCCUGCUUGAUGCAUUUUAUUGCUGUCCAAACUAAGGCCAUGUUUUAAUAUUGUUGGAUAAGCUUUUCAAAUUAAUUAAUAAUUUUGGAUACACUUUCAAAAUUAUUUCAUAUUUUUGCAUAAACUUUUAAAAUUGAUAUAACAUUUUGAAAAAUGUUUUGAUAUUUGUUGACACAGUGAUAAUUGCUUUUAUAUAUAUAUAUAUAUAUAUAUAUAUUUUUUUUUUUUUAAUUUUAGUUACAGUCAGUGAUAAAAUCUACUGUCAGACAUUUGGUUAGUAGACUCCACUGGAGAGACAAAUAGGGAUAUUUACUAAAGUGAGAAUUGUUUGGAAUCCAAAGUGAAUUUCAAAUUUAAGACCAAAGUAGCAAAAAAUAUAGCUGAAUGGGAGAAGUUUUCCACUUUGCCUAAUUUUAAAUUUACUUUCAAUUCCCAGCAAUUCUCACUUUAUGGAAUACUAAGUUUGUGUUUCAGAUUGUUGGUUUAUAUACAAUUGAGUGAUGUUUGCUUUUGUUCAUGACACUUUUGUUCCUUGAGUGUAAUUGUCAGUGGGUUUCAUAAUAAGGUUAAACAUUUUAACUUGGUCAAAUAUUAAUUGUUAAAUGUUCUGUAAAUCCGAUGGUAGGUGUUCUAACAUUUCCUUUCUCAAACACCAGUGCAAGGAUAGUUUUUAUUCUAUUAUUGCUAGAGUUGUUUUUCAGUCUCUCUUUGCCAUGGUCUUAAAGGGAAACUCCAGUGCCAGGAAAACAAUGCCGCGCAUGCACAUUAGAGGUCCCCAUAGGAAAGCAUUGAACAUACUUUUCAGUGCUUUCCCUAUGGGGAAUUGAGCGAUGCCGGAGGUCCUCACACAGCGUGAGGACAUCCAGCGACACUCUAGCACAGGUUUUCUGUGCUAUAGAGCAGGAGGUUCCCUCUAGUGGCUGUCUAGUAGACCGCCACUAGAGGUGGAGUUAACCCUGCAAGGUAAUUAUUGCAGUUUAUAAAAAAACUGCAAUAAUUACACUUGCAGGGCUAAGGGUAGUGGGAGUUGGCACCCAGACCACUCCAAUGGGUGCCUGGAGUGUCCCUUUAAGUUAUAUGUUGUAACUAUCAUUGGCAACAGAGAUAUUAAUUCAAAGGGUGUGUUUGCCGAUCAAUGAGUUUUGGUAAUUUCCAACAAAAUUUAGGCUGAAAUAAUAAAGUUGGACAAAUAUCUAAAUCUACACACUUAGAAGUUUUUGGUUGUUUUUAAUUUUUUGGUUAGGCAUGGGGGUUGUGAUAGCUUUUUGACAAAGUUUUCCAAGUUUUUUUUCCAAGUAACCACAACUCUUCAUUUAGUGACUACAUUGAUUCAAAAUGUGUAUAGUGUCACACUGUGAUUAUUUGUAGGUAUCAUUCGAUGCCAGCUCCUAGAAGGCCAGUUACAAGAUGCUGAUCAGCAGUUGGAGUUUCUCAUGGAGAUCCAACAGUCCAUUGGAAAAUCUGCAGUAAGUUAAAGCUGAUGUUUUCUGUUUGUAAGAUUUUAGCUACCAGUUUUUAUGAUUAUUAGUUACUUGUACAGUUCUAGAAGGUGUGAAUUCCAUUCAACAAAUUCAAUACAUGUCUCAUAGCUAGGGAAAAUAUGUAGGGAAUUCAAAUUUCCAAGUAGCUCAGACAUUUGUUAUAUCUUUUUUUUAUUAGAUAGACAUAUUUAGAAUUUCCCAUAAGCCUGAACACAAAAGCAUAUCACAGCUCCACGGGAUGUUAGUGUAUCACAAAAGCCACAUGUAAAUAAAAGGUCAACAGCAUGCAUGAUAGAUAUCCGAGAUUAUAUCUUAUAUAAUCAGAGAUCACAAUUUAUAUAAUAGUAUAAUGAAGUCAGUGUGUAUUGGUUUGUAAGUUUGUAACUGCGUGUGUAUUAGUGUAUAUCAUUUGCUUUAUAUAUAUUCGUCUAUACAGAACUAGGUUGUGUGCUUUUCAGUAGUGUGUGGAGCUCCACAGCAUGUAUAUAAAUAUAUCACAGAGCUUCACAGCUUGUAUGUUAUAUAUCUAGUUCUACAUAGGAUUAAUAAUAUAUUCGUGAAAAAAGAGCUCCACAAUAUGUAUAUUAAUGUAGCACAGAACUCCACUUACCGUAUUUUUCCAUGUAUACCAUUAUGAUUUUUUCUAAAAGAUUUUUAGUCUAAAAUUGGGGUUCGUCUUAUACAUGGAAUGUCACUACAAGAGUUAAAAAACAAAACACUUGUGCCCGGGGCCUGACAGUCACAUGUGGCUGGAACUCCUUCAAACAUCUAAUUAUUAAUUUUGAAUAAGCAGCGCAAUUUGGGAACAAAACUUGGCUACUCGCUGACAGAACACUCAGCUGACCUUUGGGUUUGCUACUGCCAGGUUCCUGCAGGCAUAGACUGUGUUAUACACCUCUGUGUCCUGCUGACAUACUUGAAGCACAGGAGGCAUUCCUCCAUGAAUUUGAUUGAUUGUGUGCGAGGGUCUUGGAGAUCUUGCGCAACUGCAUGCAUCCUCUCAUCACUCUGUACCACACCAAGACCUCACGACUCUGGACUACAGAUAGAUGCCACAGGGUAAGGCCAUGCCCGGACAUCCCCCGCAGGGUACCGCAGGCAGAGGGCAUCGUUGUCACCAACAGCAGGAUGACGGACCAGGAAACCAGUGUCCGGACAUAACCGGACUUCGGGGAGCGGCCUAAAGGAGUGGGUGGGGGCCCGGUGGGGGACCUAAUCAGCCAAACUGGACUUCAGUGCUAUAGAUGUUUAAAAUAUGUAUUUCUUCAUUUUGGGCUCAAAAAAUAGGGAUCGUCUUAUACAUGGGGGCGUCUUAUACAUGGAAAAAUAUGGUAAUUCAAAUUUACAUUUUACGUUUAUACUGCUCUAAACACAAAUUUGUUUUUGUUAAUACAUUCUCCUUCUCUAGUUGUAAUCCACAUAUAAACUUGUUAUAGAACAUUUCACCUAUUUGCAUUUACCAUACUUCACUCUUCCAGGCCCAUUUUAUAUAUUACAUAGUGUGAACCAUAUUCGCUUAUUUGUAAGCUGCAGUCCUCAAAUUGUACCGAGGAGAAUAGUAACAGUAUUUCUUUUCUACAACGUAAUUGUAAUCGGCUUAUAGUAAAUAAUGAAACCUAUAUGUAUUUAUAAUUGGUCUUUAACUUCCACAGUCAACCAGCUAAACUUCUAACCAGCGCCAUCUGGACAGAUAACUCUUAAUUUAGACCAUUGUCGGUUUUCUUUCCUAUUUUGUUUAUGAAGGAAUUGUUGUAUUUGCGUGCCGUGCUGGCUAUGAAGAAACACAAGAAGCAGGAAGAAGUUAUUCACUUGCUUAAUGAUGUCCUGGAUACCCACUUCUCCUCCCUACAAGGGUUACCACUUGGCAUUCAGUACUUUGAGAGACUCAAUCCAGACUUUCUGCUUGAGAUUAUAAGGGAAUAUCUAAAUUUUUGCCCAACACAAGUAAGUGCAACAUAACUGUUUGUUCUUUAAAUUUGAAAUGCUUAUCAUUUUAAUUACCCUUGUUAAAAAAGCGAGAUUACAUUUUUUUUCUUUCAGUCUAGAUAAUGCAUGCUGCAGUAAUCCAUAUAUGCUAUCCUAAUUUAAUUCAGAUUUAAAGUUGUGGUUGAUUUCUAUAGAGGCCAGUUACAAGCAUUAUCUCUCCAAUAAUUUAACAUUGAAAUUAUAGGCUUGGAUGUUGUAUGCUGACAGAUCCUGUGACUGAAAACCUGCUAACCGAUUCAAUGAAAGAAACACUGAGGGACUGCAGUUGACUUAAUAUUUUAAUGGGUUUUUUUUUUAGAUAAAAUUAAAAAUACAAAACUCACAAAUUGUUACCUCUUGUAGAUUUGUCAAUGAGUCUGAUCUCCCCACUCUGUUUCCAAGUACCUGAUAAACCCUACUCUGUAAUGCUGUUCUAGGCGAAAGUAGUGGUGUAUUAUAGCCGAAUUGCCAAAAAGGCAACCAUAUGCAAGUGCCUACGGUCUGAAGAAAUGAUCGCGCAGUGAGGCCAAAGAAAAUAUAUAAAUAUAUACAUGUUCUCAUGCACAUGAAAAUACACUCCAAGAGCACAGUAAAAGCAUAUAUGUUAGUGCACUCAAAAUCCUUGCAACAAUUCACAUAGUGAAUAAAAAUAUUUAAAAUGCACAAUCUCUGUUCCUACACAGAUUAUGUAUGAGUCAUUCCUAGCGGUAUAUGCACUGAGUAAUGUAUCAGAAGAAGUCCCUUGAGUAACAGUACUGAAUGCCACAAAAAUACUUUUUUGAUCAACAUAGCAUGCAUUCAUGGAAAGUUUACAUUAAUCCUACGGUUGUAAUAAAUAUACAAAGCUACUGUCAGUAGACAUGCUCAAUAGAUUAUAGCAUAUAACAAUGACAUUGUUUUGUAAUUUAAAAGUUUGUAUAUUUUUAUUGAGCGACUUUAUGUGAUUUUGUUUGAGCAAGAUAGGCAAUGUUUGCAAAAAGUACAAUAUCCAAGGCAAUAAGAUGAUUUUAACCAAAUAAAACUUGUCAAAAUAUGGCAAUGGAAAAAACAAAGACUGGCAAAGCAUCAUAAGAGUUGUAAUUCAACAAUAUAUGGUUAUCUGUCAUUUGGCACCACUGAUGAAUGCAGGGUUUGAUUUCCCAUUACCUGUAAUUAUCUACCUACAGGUGCAUGGCUGAUGGGGUCAUGCCUAUUAGUAGCCCCAUACUUACUUCCUGCCAAGUGUCUGCUAUUUUCUGAUGGAACAGAGGCUGCUGGACUCUAAGAUUAAUGUAUUCAGUUGGAAGGUGCCUGAUCUGUGCAUGGCACCUCCCUUUCAGAAUGAACACAGGGAUCUCCUGGAGGGAGAGGACUGGCAGGAGAAGGCUUGCUAUGGUCAGCAUGGCCAACUGAAAAAUGUCAGGGACAUACAUAGCUAAACAUACUGCUAGCCAGACUGUAGAUACACUACUGCACAUACUGCAGCCCACACUGUUACACAAACAUAAUGCUGCCUACACUGUCCACACACUUACUACUACACACAAUGGUGCACAUACUGCUAUUACCCACACUAUUACACACAGUACUAUACAUGCUGCUACCCACACUACUACAAACACUCACCAUAGACACACCUUUUCACACACUAAUACAUAUGUGCACAACCUAUACAUACAUAUAUACAUACAUGAACAAACUCUAUAUCUGUAUGUACAUACAAAAUAUAUUUAACCAGUCAAGUUUGUAUUUUUUGUUUAUAUUAUUAUUAUUCAUUUGGAAGUGGGAAUGGAGGGUUGCUCGAGAAUUCUGUGCCUACGUGAUGUAAAGCAUCUGUUAUGUACACCUAUUACAUAAUGUUUCGCUGAUUCCAUGUGCAUGUCAGUGCUGAAUGUUGUGCACGUGUUUGUCUCCCAAGCCCCCUGCUCCUGGUCAGCCCAUGUCUCCACUGCUAAGACAUUGUGCCUCUGUUCUUGAAACCAUUGUGAAGACAGCACCAGGUCUUCAGCAGGCUGUGUUCCUAAUUGCAAAGGUGAAGUACUUGGCAGGUAAGUAAUGGUUAUGGUAAAAUAUCUAUUCCUAAAUACAAAAUUAAUUUAUAUUUGAUGUUUUUCUUGUAUCAUGUGUUUUACUAUUAUGUAUAAAAUGAUUGUGAUUUGGUUUUGAUGUUUUACUUUUCAUUAGGUGAUGUUGCAGCAGCUCAAAGUAGUCUUCAACAUUGUCUCGAUCAGAAUCCUUCAUAUGCUGAUGCACAUCUUCUAAUGGCACAAGUGUACUUAUCCCAGGAUAAUGUAAAACUUUGUUCUCAGUCUUUGGAACUCGCUUUGAGUUACAGUUUUGAGGUGAGUUAACUUGACAUUUACCAAAACAUUCAUUAUAAAUUAUGAAUAAGUAACCCUUCAGUCCUAAGAAUAUGAGAUCAAUGCCAGUAUUAGGUCAUCUUGGCACAACCGGUGAUUGUGGACUAUAUUUAACAAACUUUAGACUGGCUGAGUAGCUUGGGAAAUGUAAUCCAUACAAAUCUGCAGUGCCAGCGUUACUCACCAUAUGGUUUUGUCCCUUACUUUGUGGUGUCGGGUUAUUGCAGUACUUCCAGCGUGAGACGAUCUGCUGAAGCACAUUAUCAUACUAACUCAUACCAGGUUUAGACCGUAUUCAUUAGCUGAGCAUGUCAGCCAAUGUUUAGACUCAUAGCCUGAAUACUGUUUAGACCCGAUGCUAGUUGGUGUGAAAAUGCAAAAGUAUGCAACUUCUGCUUUAUCAGAUCAACUCACACAGAAAAAGCAUUGAGUGCAACGAACCUUUCAUGUCUGGUAAAAAACUUAAAUAUUUUCACAGAUCACCGGUAGUUGGCACUCGGGGACCAUAAGAGCACUGUAGUGGUUAUGGAGACUAGAGGGACCCUUUAACAAUAAUAAUAAAAUAGAUUGCAAUGGUAUGUGUUUUACAUGGUUUUAUAAUGUUUAGUGUGUGGGUAAAUAUAUUUACAUUACAACUAGACUGGAAUCUAUCAGUCUAAUACUCUGGUAGUUCUGGCUCUAAAUAUGGGGAAAUACAACAUAAAACAUCCAACUGAAUUCUUUGGAACUUUUCAUCCAGGUAAAUAUGGAGCAAGCACUUUAAUUUAUGUUGAUAAAUGUAGGUCAGCAGGUUAAUGAUAAUGUUAGCAUUGAUUACAUAUAUUUCUCUCUUAUUUUGCUUAGUUUUUGUGCUUUGAAUUUUACCAGGUACGGGAAUUACCAUUAUAUAAUCUGAUAAAAGCCCAGACCCAAAAACGGAUGGGUGAAGUGCAAGAAGCAAUAAAGACACUACAGAUAGCAAUGAACCUACCAGGAAUGAGGAAAACGGGAUCCAACCUAAAAUCAAAAGCAAAGAAAUUCGAAAUUGGUGUGAGCCACCGCGUAUCCAUAUUUCUUGAACUUGUUGAUGCUUAUCGCAUGAAUGGAGAGCAGGUAACACAAAGCUUAAAUUAGCUUCUGUCUUUAAUCUACAGUCACACCGUACAAUAUUUGCAAAAAAAUAAAUAAAAGUUUCACACAAAGCUAUUUAUGAAAAUAUAUAUAAUAGAUAUUUUCAUAAAUCAUUUGGAACAUAAUGCAAAUGUAAAAAAAUAAAUAAAUAACCUUUAAAGGAACACUGUAUUUGUGAGAUGUGAAAAACAAAGUGAAAUGUAAAAACCCACACCUCUUUAUGGGCUGACUCCAUCUUAGUUCCCUAUCAGUUAUUAUUGUAAGCUGUGUCCUUUGCACCUACACAAAAUAUUGUUGAGGAUCACCUGCAUAUUUCAAGGUGGACUUUGGAAAGUCCUUGAGCAUAGUAAUUCAAGAAAUCAUAUUUGUUAAUCUAUCCCAGAAUUCCUAGCCUGAUAUGCACGUGAGCACAGACAGGAAUUGUGUUUUAGACUUCAUUCUGCAUUUCCACAGGUAUCCUUAGAAAUAGAUGCUGUUUUAAACACAACUUGUUUUAAUAAGCCAUACCAUGGGCUGUAAUACAGAAGGAUCAAUAAAUAGAAGCCAGACGUGGACUGCUGUUUUGACCCGAUGAACCUCAUCAGCAUGUCGCCAGUUCUGGUAUGGAAUUUAAAGUCUCUCUAAGAGUAUAUAGUUAGGUGCUAAGAAGAUUGUGGUGAGGCCAAACACAACACAAUACAAUUCAACACAGUACAAUUAGAAAAAUAUAUUAUUGUGCAUAACAAAGUCGGACUUUGGAAAGUCAUCCUUCGGCAUAAAAACUUUAAAAAUCAUGUUUACACAGCUAACCCAGAGUUCCCAGCUUGACAUGUAAAUGAGCCCAGGCAAGUGUAAAGAAAUCCCUCUUUUAUGUGCAAUAUUUCUUCCCUAUUCAUUCGGUAGAUAUAACUACCAAACAGAGACCAUCCCCCUGGCUCGUUAAAACUUCAAAGAUGCCUUAAUUGAACCCUUUAUCUGUGCGGCCCGCGUUCGUACUACCGAACGUCACGUGGCUGAGAAAAUGGCGGCCAUCUUUAUUCAUGCGAACAAAGGCAGCGGGACUUGGUCGUCGAGUGUCUGGAACUAAAAUCGGACACUCGACUUCCCGAACACCAGUCUCAACAAGCGAACGCUGGAUCUUUAUUUCCCGAACAGCUAGAAGAGCGCUGUUCGGUACUUUUGUGCAUUCGAAUGAGGGGAACAAUCGCUGCUAAGAGCCAGGGGAAUCCAUUUGUGGAAUUAUUUGGUUUUUGCCACUUAACUGAAUAGACCGGUAAAACCACCCAAACUCCUGGAACUAUUUUGGGCAGCCACCUCGCGGUUAGCCGGUCACAAAAGACUUCCAUACUUUUUGAGAACCCCUGAACCGAUCUGGGUGAAAUUUGAAUAUGUUGGUCACCCAGAUCGGGGCUAUUAGGGGGCAUAUUGUUUGUGGGGAUACCCCAUGCCUAAAGGGUGUUCUGAAUAUUGGGGAAAAAUGUAAUUUUUCUGCCUGGAGAUAAUCAAGUUAUUACUUUAUCAGACUUGAUUAUCUCCAGGACUAGGGGAGGGAAUUGUAUGUUUGUGCUGGGUGUGUUUUACGGUUUUCCUGUAAAUGAUUGGUUGUACUGUGUCCCACCCUGUGGGAUGUCCCCUUGCAUGGGGACUUGCAUAAAAGCCAGUGUGUGGUCAUUAAAAGCCAGUUCUGUUGUACCCUUCUUCUUGACUUCGGCUGAUGUUUGGGGAUUCAUAUGCUUUAUUAAGGGAAUCAUCUUGUAAAGCUAUUGUGUUCGUAUGGAUUUAGUUUAUUUCAUCUACCGAACGGAGAGCUAUAAUCACUGAUGCUCUGGCGGUUCGGGAGGAAACUACCGAAUGAGGAUUGGAUAUACUAGGUUUCCUUACAGCAAGCAUUUUAGACUUAAUACUGCAUUUCUGCAUGUACCCUUGGAAAACGGACGCUGUUUUAAACCAUAGCAUGGGUUGUGAUCCAAAAGGACCAGCGACCACCUGACAGACAGGAUAGAGAAAGCAUUUUGUAGUGUUUGCCCUGGCUUUGCCUUAGUAUAAAUGUAAAAGAAAACUGAUAAUCUCAUGAAUAAUAUAUGAACACAAACUUUUGUUUUGUUUGUUUUCAAUGUUUUCAAUGCUUUAUCCAACCCUGUAAACUCCAGGUAAGUUACAGUAAUGAAACUGUUUCUUUGCUGAAGCUGCUAUUUUGAUUCCCGGGAUAAAAAAUAAAUAAACCUGAGACAAACAUGCUUUUGUUUUGGCUAAAUACUACUAUGAUACAUAGUUGUGGCAAGUGCAAGUUUUUGUUAGAACUUUAUGUUUGUAAUUCUUUACAGCACGAAGCUACCAAGGUCUUACAAGAUGCUAUCAAUGAAUUUUCUGGCACCCCUGAAGAACUGCGCUUAGUGAUUGCUAAUGCUGAGCUGGCAUUGGCACAUGGUGAUGUUGAGCAGUCUUUAUCCAUGCUUAGAAAUAUCUCUCCAGAGCAGCCCUAUUUUGUGCAAGCCAAAGAGAAAAUGGCUGAUAUUUAUCUGCACUAUAGAAACGAUAAGAAGCUCUAUGCCAGUUGCUACAGGUCAGUAGUAUUCAUGUAUUUUUAUUUUAUUUACUUGCUAAUUGUGGAAGGUUAGCUUGUCUAUGCUGCUCUGCUCACUUCUUACAAAUGAGGCUAUUCACUUAACCAGGAAUUUGGUAGAAUUGACCGAUUUUAAAGGAUCACUAUAGUGUCAGGAAAACAAAGUGGUUUUCCUGACACUAUAGUGUCCUGAGGGUGCCCCCACCCUCAAGGUCCCCCUCCCGUUGGACUCAAGGGCUAAAACCCCUUCAGCAACUUACCUUUAUCCAGCGCUGGGCUCCCUCGGUGCUGGUGACCUCUCCUCCCCGUCCGAUGUCAGCUCCCUAGUGGAGCGGAAUGCGCAUGCGCCGCGCGAGCAUUCAAAGAGUCCAUAGGAAAGCAUUUCACAUUUCUCAGAUGCGCCUCUAGUGGCUGUCCGGAAGACAGCCACUAGAGGCUGGAUUAAUCCCAAAUGUAAACAUAGCAGUUUCUCUGAAACUUCUAUGUUUGCAUCUGAAGGGUUAAAACCUGAGGGACCUGGCACCCAGACCACUUCAUUGAGCUGAAGUGGUCUGGGUGACUAUAGUGUCCCUUUAAGCCAAAAUAGCUCAAGUGGGAAAAUUCUUCAACUCACAUAAAAUGUGCAUUUCACUUGUUAGUUGUAUCUAACUCAAUAUUUAGUGAAUUAUGAAUUCUAUUAUGACUGUGGGUUUUUUUUGCACUCCAUUGUCCUGGGAGUUGAAUAUUAAAUUUGUAUUCUAUAUUAUAUUAUGCUGCGUUAACAGAAAAUAGUGCAAUACACCAAGUAUAACAAGGUCAUGGUUGCAGUAAGGAAUUUUAAUAAUUGCAUCAAACUUGUUUUUUUAGAGACUUGGUGGAGAAAAUUCCCAGUUCCCACUCGUACCUUCUUCUAGGUGAUGCUUACAUGAACAUUCAGGAGGUAAAUUAUAUUGACAUAUCCAUGUUGUGUGCACAGGUUUGGGUCAGCAUAUGACACCUUUUCCCUGCCACUCAAAUUUAAUGCAUUGUGCUCAACAAGAUUAAUGUAAUGGUCUAUAUAAAUACAGUUAAACUACACCUGUAUUAGAGGGCUUGACAAAUAUAAUUGUUCAUUGCCACUGCACCCAAGACACCCACGCACAGCAGGAACAUCACAAACAGCACUCCUCUCGCCCACGUAACAUCCAUAUCACAUACAACACCCAAAUAACAUACAACAUGCAUUUGUUUCCUAUUGGGCAUAAAAAAUAGCUGAACAGAGCAGGGGGAAGUGAAGCAUCAAUACAUGCUGUGUUGCUAUGUACUGCAAUUGUGUACCACAAAACUGCCCAAUGUGCUUUUUUUCCCCCACCACAGUGCAGCACAUUUCUUUUCUUUUUGUGGACAGUGGGAAAAAAUGUGUUGAAGAUCUUAAUGACUUUAGCCAAGUUCCAGAUGCCCUAUCACCUCCUAUUAAGCAUUUGUAAAACUCAGCAGUAAAUAUCCACAUUGUCUCUUUGCCGCUGAAAACAGUUGUAGGAUUUUCCACUGAAUUUCUUCCUCAAGUUUGGCAGUGGAUGAUUGGCCGUGGCAGAUUUAUGGGGAGUUUAAAUAGUAGAUUGUAUAAUCUCUUCCUUUUAAACCUCAUAAUCUCUGAAAUAUAAACACUAGCUAAAAAACUAAUUUGUAAGUUACAGAUCAUUUACAUGCACGUAAUAACGUUAAAUAAAUAAUGUUAAUAAUGUUAAAAGCUGCAUUAGUUCUAGGUUCAUAUAGAACUGUGCAGUAAAGAAGCACUGUUCUUUAUAGCAGACUGCGUAGUAGAAGUGGCUCAAAUUUUCAUUGGUCGUUGUUCUUCAAACAUAGUUAAAAAUCUGGUGCUAAAGGUAAAAUAUAUGUCUCUAGUAGCUACUUCUAUUAUAGCAAAGCCCGAUAGUCUUUUCACUAAAGGCACCUAUAUAUUUUCUGUUAGGCAUACACAAAUGUGAAGAAAAUGUUUUUUUUUUAAAAAAAACAAGAUUAUUUUUUGUUUUAAUUCAAAGUACCAAAACAACAUUGGCUUAAUGAAGCAGUUUUAGUAUAUAGGUCAGGAGUAGGCAACCAUUGGCACUCGAGAUUUUGUGGACUACAAGACCCCUCAUGCUUUGCAUAAGAGCUUUACUGGAGAUGCAGUCCACAAUACCUGGACUGCUGAAGGUUGCCUAUACCCUGGUAUAGAUUGUGCCCCUGCAGUAUCACUGCUAAAUUCUCUGCCAUUUCAGAAUUAAAUCUUUUGUUUCUUUUUUUAUUAUUCAACCCAAUCCACACCUCCCCUGGCUGUGGCUCACACAGCCUACAUGGAAAGACUUGUAUCAUUUUCAAUCAGAUCUGCCAGCAAGUGUGUGUUUACUUUAGAAAGUCUUAUCUCCUAAUAUCUGAAUUGAAAUGAAUGACACGCAUGAGGCUCUAGCAGGCUAUAAACAUAGACCAUAAGAAAUUCUAAAUUAAGGGAAUAAUAUAGCAUUAAUAAUACAAAUUUAUAUUCCUAGCGCUUAGUGACCCUGUCCCUAGUUAUACCUAUCUCCCUUACAAUAAAUUUAAUUCAAAAAAGCAUUUAACUCACUUUUUGCCAACACUGAGACUACCUUAGCUCUGCUCACCUCUCUGCCUUCAUCAAGGAGGCAUGGCUUCCAGCAUGGUCUAAUCCAAUAGAGGAGCAUUGGGGAUGUGAUACGUAUGUGUUACAUUGCAGGGUUAAAAGAACAGGACACUGCACCCAGAUAACUUCAUAGCGAAAGUGAAUGGUACUUAUCUGGUGUCAUCUGGUUUUGAAGUAGGUGACUAACCAAAUAGACAUUAAGACACUAAGCCAAAUGCUAAUUGAACUCUUGAGCUCUGAGUGUGCUCUUUGCUUCGUUAUAACUAAUUGUGUGAUAUAACCUGGUAUCUUUUUAAUAAAUAAAGCUGGAAGACAUCUGGUACGCAACCUCUCCUUGCUGCUAUGCAAGGAUUUUAAAAAUGACUUUAAUAUGAGUCAGAAAACAUAAGAACUUUUUACAAUCUCUCAGUUAGAUUUUUGAUAGUCAACAUCAAAUGUUAACAUUUAUUAAAAAAAUAUACAUGCAUUUAGUAUUAAACUUUUUAUUUAGUUUCUCAAAGCAUUUGAUUAUCAGCUUCGCAGUCAACUGUCUGAUGGCAGCUGAUAAUACUGCACAUGAUUGGACUUUUUCUUAAGUUUUUCUAAAAUAGUUUUUGUUUUCUAAUUUAGAACUGAUAGCUGAUCUACUAUUAUCCUCUUCCACAGCCUGAAAAAGCAAUUGACAUUUAUGAACAAGCUUUAAAAAAGAAUCCUAAAGAUGGGACACUGGCAAGUAAAAUUGGAAAAGCGUUAAUCAAGACUCACAACUAUGCAAAGGUAUUUAACUUAUCUCUAUGGAUUUCCUUAUGAGAUCCCACCCAGUAUAAUCCUUCAGAAAUUAACAAUGUCAAAUUAUGUUUUAUAGGCCAUCAGCUACUAUGAAGCUGCUAUAAAAAGUGGGCAACAGAAUUCCCUCCGUUAUGACUUAGCUGAGUUAUUGUUAAAGCUAAAACAAUAUGAAAAAGCAGAGAAAGUGCUUAAGCAAGCAUUGGAUCAUGACACAGGUAUGAUAUAUGAGUGAUAAUUGAUUUUCUUUCAUGAAAUGAAACAUAUAUUUAGGGACACUGCAUUGUGGAUCCUACAACCCAUGUGUAAUGUGUUAGUUAUGUAGUAUUUUAAAAAUCAUGCAGAUAGGCUUGUCGGGCUACUAUGAGAUCUAAAUGGCAAAUAGUGAUAUGAGCAGCAGUCAGAAAGGUGUUGGAAUAUGCAAGCCAAUCCCUGGUGUCUCAUUGAAACCCACGGGAGAAGUGAUGCACACGCUAGCAUGUGGGAUUGUAUAAUACAUGCCAUAACAGAAGCAAAAGUUAUUUUUAAACUUUGUUGGUCCUUUAAAACUUAACUUGCCCUUUUUUUAAAAAAAAACUUAACUUGCCCUUUUUUUUAAGACUUAACUUGCCCUUUUUUGUUAUUCAAACUGCUAAACACACAUCAGAUACACAGGAGGCUGUAGUUCACAAUGAUUUCCCCAGAGUAUAGCUGUAUUUGACUUGCAAAAAUUACUGGAAAUUCAGAUUUGGGGAUUUAUUUCUUUAUUUCAUUUUUAAAUUGCAACAUAAAUUAACUAAAAACUGUCUGUGCUAUCAUGACCAUAACUGAAUGUCAUGCUUUGUAUCUGUGCUGCAUACAUCUGAACAGCUGGCCAUGCAAGUAUACUAGCAGACAAUUUAAUGUUUACUAAGAACGUCAACUUAUAGUUUGCCAUCAUUCAGCUGUCAUUAAUUGGAAUGCUAAAGAGAAAUUUAACUUGAAUUGAUUGCUAUUCUACAGAUUGUAUCAUCCUUUGCUUAUUGUGUUAUGUUGUCAUAUGAAUUUAAGAUGACCUACAAAGUCAAUUGCUAGUAGACUGGAAUAUCUCUACCCCAGCAUGAUGCUUUAACCAUAUUAGUAAAGGGAUUGUAUAAAGGAAUGUAUGUGAAUAAUAGAGAAUUUAAAAUGACUUUAAAAUGAAUCAGAAAACAUAAGAUAACUAUUUACAAUCCCUCACAGAGGCUAAAGCUCUAAUGCGGCAAAUGUUUUUACCAACUUCUAGCAAUCAUAUAAAAAAGUGAUUAUAAAAAAUGCUAAUGUAGGAUAUUCUAAAAAGAACUGAUCAGUGUGCAUAUUCUAUAAAGAACCAAUGUGCAUUAUUUUUCUGUAGGCUAGUUCAAUUCCACGAGGAUGAAGCUGCAUUUAUAUAGUUCUAUGUUGACCACUAAAGUCACAGAAGGGCAAAAAGAUAACAGAAAAUUCUUACCAUACUUACUGUAAUUUUAAUUUCCUGGCCAUUCCCUCAACAGCAUCACCAAUAGGCUAAAUGCCACCACUCAGCAUGCAGGACAGGAAGCAUUUAAGCUUCAUUUAAAUAAACCCACUCCCCCCACAUUAGUAAGUCUAGUUUUAAAGAAAAUCCAGAAAGGUAGGAUGCUUGAUGCCCCUGUGGGAAUGGCCAGGACAUCAAAAUUCUGGAAAGUAUAGUAAACAUUUUUUGUUUUUCUAGCGAACCACAGCAGCAUCACUAAUGGGACUACCCAUACAAAAGAAGGGAGGGAGACCAAACUGCUGCAAGAUACAUUUGUUUUGAUAAAUACUGAGAUACUACAGUAUAUACUUAAUAUCUUUGCCAAGCUUUCCAUCUUUCAUUAUGUUCCUUGCUCCUCCCUUUAUUCAAGAGUAUUAUCUGUUCCACUGAACAGAUUUCAUCAACUGUAUCUAUCCAUUCUUUCUUUCAAUGAGGGGAUCUGUGAUUGCCUCCCAAUAUUUAGGAAUUCAUUUUUUAGCAGAGUUUAUUAUUCUAAUUGUUGAAGAACUCACAUAAGACCUUAUCGAUUGGUUUGUAUUAUGAAUUAAUAUCAAUGCAGGAUUUAUAUUCAGCACGCUGUCAUCUAUCAAAUUUAUUAUAAUUUUUUCCCAAAAAGGUUUAAUAAGGGAGCAUGACCACCAAAUAUGUACACAUGUUCCCUCCUCUUCUGGGCACCACCAACAUCUAUCUAAGUUACUUUUUUAUUUUGUGUAAAAGAUAUGGAACCCUACACCAUCUAGUCAAGAUCUUAUAUGAGUUCUCUUGUAUUCUUAUAGAUAUUGAACAUUUGUGUGUUAUUUCUACCAUUUUGUUCCAUUGUUCAUUUGAGAGUGUUAUUCCAGAAUCUAUCUCCCGCUUCCUAAUAUAAUAAGGUUUAUUAGACAAUUCAUUUUCAUUUACAUUUCUAAAUACUUUAGAGUUCAACCCAAUCUGGGGUUCUUGUGAACUACAUAAUGUUUCAAAAUAAGUAUGUGUUUUUGACAAAGGGGCUUUUUGUUUUAGAGUUUGGUAUAUACUGCUUUAUCUGAUUCUCUAAAUAAAAUCUCUGAAAGCUAUAAUCUUGUUGUUCAUUUGAUCUAUUGUAUUUUUUUAAAGUGGGAUAUAUUACUUCCGAUGGAAAAAUGAUUUCUAAAUUUCUUCUGUUGAAAUCUGGUGGCAAUUCUUCAUUAAUAAUAAGGGGGGGGGGGAGAGGUCAUUAAAGAAUUUUUAGAAAUCACAUUUUCUUUUUUAUAUAUUUCCUUCAAGAUUUUGGUUUGGUUAAAUAUUAAAAACCCAAUCUAAAAACCUAGAGCUUUUCCCUUUCCAAGUAAAUCUUUUAGUCCCUCUGUUAUACAAUAUAAAACAUUUUUUAGGGACUUCUAUUGGUACUGUUUGUAGAACAUACAAUAUGCUUGGUGUGAGGUUCAUUUUAAUUACGUUGACUCUUCCGAGCCAUGAGAUAUUAAACUCAGUCUAUUUUUGUAUAUCACUUUUACUCUCCUCUAGAAUUUUAAGAUGAUUAAAUUCCUAUAAUAUUUGUAGAUUAUCUGACAGAUAUAUUCCUCAAUAUUUUAUUUAGCUUUUUACCCAUCUAAAUGGAAAUGUUUUUUGUAAUAAAUUUUUCUCGGGGAUUGAGAUAUUUAAUAUUUCCAAUUUUGAUUUCUUUAGUUUAUAACCUGCUAAUUCUCCAUAGGUUUUUAGUUCUUUGAUAAUAUUAGGGAGAGAGUUCUGAGAUCAUUGGUCCUAUCUUUAGUAAUGAUACAUUGGAUUUCAUGAACCUUGGAGAUGGAAUUCAAAAGAGUUCUAUUUUGUAACCAUCCAUCUCUAAUUGUUCUCAAUGCCCAUACAUCUGAGAUGGAAAUGGUCCAAGUCAGAAAAAAUUUAUCUGACUGGGACCUGGACACCUUUAGAAGUUUUUAGUGGUAUUUUUUCUUCUGCCCUCGGAUCUGGCAAAUUGAGAGGAUCUCAAGGAGUAGUUUCUGGAGUCCUCCUUACCUGAAUGAUAUUGCGCUGAGUCACAAAAGGAUCAGGUCUCUUUAUUCCUUUGAUCCUUCCAUGACCGGGAAGGAUGUUUUCCUCUGUCUCCUGGUAAGAAUGUAUUUUUUUCCUGCAAUAGCCUUUUUAAUAGAUUAAUUUAGGGUUUCUCCAAAUAAUCGAGCACAGGUUUGCCUUUUAGCCAUAGUCAGCCUCCCAUGAAUGUAGCCAGAGAGCUCUUAUGUUUUCUGACUCCUAUCCAUCAUGGCCAUACUUUUUGAGACUUACUUCAUAAUGUCCACAUGGAACUCCCAGAACGGUGUGAAAAAAGUCCAAUAGAAGAUUUAAUUGUAUCCUGCCUGUUUCAUUGUAUCUUCUAUUUGACUUUUUUCACACCGUUCUGGGAGUUCCAUGUUAUUUGGAGAUAUGCCUGCUAAUUCUCUUCACUUGUAAGUGAGACCAAUAAACACUAUUUUGUAAUUUAAUUACAUGCUUCACUAUAUUUGUUUCUUAUUCUUUUAUAUAUCCCACGGAGGAUUGUCUACUCACUAAGAUUGCUACCCUUUGGAGGGUGAGAAGCCUGAUUUCAUAUUUUGUUUGUGAGUGCACUUAUUUCCACUAAUAUAUCACUCACCUAUUUAGUACUGUAUUACGCUAUGUUAGUUUUUUUAAUCUUCUAUACAGAUUCCGUUUAUGAAUUACAACCUAUAUCUCAGGUUAUUUGUAUUUGUUCUUAUAUUAUCACGUAUUUGGGAGGUGUUUCCACUUUGUCUUUUCUAGUUCUUUUAGCUAGCCUGAUGAUUCUAGGAGCUGAAUUGCAAUGUUUGCUAUCCUGAUUGUAAAUGUAGGUAACUUUACUCUGGAGUAGGAUUAUUUUCUCUGGCUUUAUCCAUUCUGGGAUGAUUAUCUCUUUGAUGGUAGCCAGUAGAGGAAAUAAUUCCCUUUGUUUCCAUAGGUCUUCAAAGAAUUUAUCUGAAGCUUCAAUAGAUGAUUUCUCUUCUGAUAUUCUUACACUUUCUCUAUUCACCAGAAUAAGCUUCUAAAUUAUUCUCUAUAUUUCUGAAGGAUGCUCCUGACUACUGUUCUGUAUCUGAUCGUAUGAAUCUAGCUCUCCUUCUAAACUUGAGUUGGCUUUUGGUUUUCUCUUUCUUUUGGUUUGAGCCUGUGCUGUAAUGGAAUGGAAUCCCUCUGCUAUUGCUUGUGUAAUCCAGUCUUUUAGCUCAUUCGGGUCUGUAUCUGUGUCUCUUGGGUUAUCAGCAAGCUCUCUGAGGCAUUGCAUACAAAGAUUCUUUCUUUUUGGAGCAUUAGAAUUACAGCCGACACAUAUGUUGGUUUUCUAAUUUCUCUUUGAGGUGAUUGUGAGGUUUUCUUAGGGCUAAAGAUUUAAGCCAGAUAGGUAUUGUGUGGGUUCUGCACUCUCUGCUAUCCUAUAUCAACAUUAUGUAAGUGGAUUACCUCUCUCACUUAUGUACAGAUGGAGAGGACAUUAAAAAAUAAAAAAUCAAUUGACCUUUAGGUACUAGUAUAGGUAACAUGAAAUUCAUCCCAUAACAUUUCACCCAUUAAAGGAUCACUAUAGGGUCAGGAACACAAACAUGUAUUCCUGACCCUAUAGUGUUAACACCACCAUCUAGCCCACCAUGACCCCUCAUGCCUCCAUAAAUAUAGUAAAAAUCUUACUGUAUUCAAGCCUGAAGCUGUAAAUCUGCAUGCUGUUACACUCAGAAAAACAAGCAGCCUGCUGACAUGUGGUAGCCUGAUCCAAUCACAGUGCUUCCCCAUAGGAUGGGCUGAGACUGACAAAGAGGUAGAUCAGGGGCAGAGCCAGCAUGAUUCAAACACAGCCCUGGCCAAUCAGCAUCUCCUCAUGAGGAAUCAACGAAUCUCUAUGAGGAAAGUUCAAUGUAUUAUACGCCAUACUGAAUCACAGGAUGCUGUGCACAGUGCUGCCCUGUGCUCUGCUGACAGCAUAUCUGAGUGGAUGGAGGCAUAUUAUGCCUCCAUCAACUCCAAAGUCCCUCUUGUUCACUCUGAGUGACUGCAACUGGAGGUGUUCCUAGCUUUCAAUGUAAACACUGUAUUUUCUCAGAAAGGCUGCAGGGAGCUAUAGUUCUCACCUGAACAACCUCAUUAAGCUGAAGUUGUUCAGGUGACUAUAGUGUCCCUUUAACUUACCUUGGGCACCUGAGUGGGGGAAUUUAAACUAUAAGUGAAGUUACAGUGAAUGGCCAGGAAAAACAAUAGGAAUGCAAGGGACAUCACCGAUAAUCACUUAUCUCUUUAUUUGCAUGCCAGACUACUAACCAAGUACAUUUUGCAUUCUAAAACAAGCGCAUAGAAUUAUAAUAUCCAAAUGUCUUAAUUACGCCUGCUUGUAUUUUUCUCAGUAAAUGAUCUAUCUUCACUCAUUGAUGACAGCCGUAACCAAGUGCUACUAGCAAAAAUUUACAGCAAAAUGGAAAAGGCAGAAGAAGCUAUAAUUUCAUUACAAAGGGUAAUUCUCGUAAUUCUCCUUGGAAGUUUUUAAUGUAUUGCCUAUUUCAAGUGCCAACAAACCUCCAUUGUUUCUUUGUUUAACGAAUUUAAAACAGUAGCAUAACCUAGAGGUCGUAGCUCAGGGCAGGUGCACACUGUGAUUGCUCACCUCAUUUGAUAGUCUACUUGACGUUCUGAUGCAAUAAUAUUGUGGUGUCAUCUGUUGCAUGGAGGCACAUCUUAGUGUUUAAUGAUGCUAGUGGUAGAAUCUCAGAUUCCAGAUUCAAUUCCAUGCCAGAUUCAAAUCACAACAAGAUCAUCUCAGCCUUCAAUCCUUCUGAGGUCAAUAAAAUGGGUGCCUUUAAACCGGGCGAAAACAUGUAGACUCCAGGAGCUACUUGGGAACUAGUGACAACCUAAAUGUACUUUUCCAGUUUUGCUACUUUGAUAUUUUAAAUGUUAUAGUUCUUUACUCAUUAUAAACCAUUUGUUUGAAGGAUCAAAAUGGCAUUCCAUGUGAUUACUCAAAGAUUGCUCACACAAGCCUAAACCCCCCCGCCACCCAAAAAAAAACAAUCCUAUGUUUUUCCACCAUACAUGAAAGUUAGUAUUGGUAGCAUGUUUAUUUUGUUUCUUACAGUUCAAACCUUUCGGUUUACUCAAUACAUCAAAACCAAGACCAUACAAUUUAAAUAUACGCCAAAUAUAUAACGCAUGCUCCUGUUUAAAACUACAGAAUAGCUUAGCUAUUUAUAAAUACAAUUAAUAAUAAUGUAUCAGGUACGAGUAAAAUAGGGAAAGCUGUUAAAAUUGUUGCAUUGUACAUGAAUUACAUACUUAACUUUUUAUGUUCACUUCAAACAAAGGGGAUUUGACUUUGAUGUGUAAGAGACCAGAUGGUGUUUUACUGUCAAGCUGUUUAAGAUUUGUUUCCAAUCAUCACAUUAUUUCUGUUUACUCAUAAAAAACGAAAGAACUAGGCCGUAAAAUGGGAGCCACAGUUACAGUCAUAGCAUUAAUUUGUUUUGUAAGCAAUAUAUAGUCUAGACUUUAGACCAUUGUUCUCAUAUCUUCCUAAAAGCAGAUUCCUUGAGCAAUAUAUCUAUAUGCAGUGUUUUUUGAAAUUGACUUUUUUGUUAAUAAUAUUUAUAAGACUCCAAAACAUUUUGCAGUGGGUUACAUAAAGGAAUAUGAAGUGCAAACAAUUACAGAAUUACAAGUUACAGGACAAUAGGUGAAUAAGGUCCUUGAUAAAAAUACAUUACUGACUAAAAGGUUACUAUGAGUACAAUUAUUAUCAUUUAUAAAACACUAACAAAUUCCGCAGUACUAUACAAUAGGCGGACUAUCGUCGGACUAGAACAGACAAGUAUUUGCAACAAGACAUGUAUGGAUGCACAGGAACAGAGGGUGUUGAGUGCCCAGCUCAAACGAGUUUACAUUCUAGCCUUAUUGGAGUAAAGUGACACAAGAGGUAAGGGCAGGAUUUAUUUCAUGUAUGGGAAAAAGUAGGUUGCUAGAAUAAUGAACAAUGAGUGGCUAGGUUUUUUUGGGUGACACAGUUGUAAGAGAGCUAGCUGGGUGGGUAAUCAAGGUGCUGGGAGGAAAACAAUUAACAGUUUAAUUGAUAUGCUUUCCUAAGGAAGUGAGUUUUUUGAAGGAAUGGAGACUAGGUGAGAGUCUAACGAAGCAGGGAAGGGAGUGCGAUAGGAACAGUGCAGCCCUUGAAUAGUCUUGAAGGUGGGUGUCAGAGGUGCAGGUGUGAGCAGAGAGUAGACUCAGGUCUUUGGCAGAGCAUAAAAGCCUGCAUGAGGCAUACUUGUACAUUAGCGAGGAUAGGUAGGGAUGAUCAGUGUUAUAUACAGAUUUGUAAGCAAGUACCAGCAUUUUAAAAAUUUUACUUUUAAAUUUGAACUUAAAUCCUACAGGAAACCUGACAGACUGAUGACAGAGGGGGAAGGCACAGGAGGUGACUGUAGCGGGGCAAGCUGGGAAGCAGAUUGCAGUAGUCCAGGCGAGGAGAGGAGAGUAACAUGGGCCAGCACCUUAGCUGCAUCCAGCAUUAGACAGAGCAACUAAGCUAUGUUUUUGAGAUGGAAAUGGUAGGAUUUAGCAAGUGACUGGACAUGAAGGGGGAUGGAGAAGCUCGAGUCAAAGAGAAUAGCUUGGCAGUGAGCCUGUGAGAUAAGGCUGAUGGUAGUGGAGUAGUAACAGAGGGGAGAAAGAUGAGAAGUUCUCUUUUGGACACGUUAAUUUUAAGGAAAUGAGCAGCCAUCCAGUUAAAGAUAACAGAGAGACAGUCAGUAACACGAAUCAAGAGUGACAGCAUGAGAUCAGGAGAGGACAGAAAGAUUUGCAUGUCAUCUGCAUUGAAUUAAUAUUGAAGCCAGAGGAGCUGAUGAGUUUACAAAGGGAAGCAAUAUAGAUUGAGAACAUUAUCUUAUAAUGCCAAAAAAUUAUGCACAUCAACACAAACCGAGAAUAUGAGAACAGGUAAAAUAUCAGAGACACCUCAAUAGCUUGCCCAUUGUUUAGUCCCUGCUCAGGUCUUAAAAUCUUUUUUGCUCACUCGCACCAUUACAAAGAGAAACCAUACAAUUUGCAUAUCAGUCUCGCCCUGUCCACAAGAACUGUCCAGAUCCAUAAUGCAGGCAAUUUCCCUUUGCACAAGAGGUACAGCAACACCCGACAAUCACCAUGGCCUUCUUUGGGCCUUCUUAGCAAAGUGUAGCUGAUAACCCUCUAGAGUCUAGGCACAAGGUCCACAUCUGGAUCACCCUUUUAAUUUAUGGAGAGCCUGAGCAAAUGCAUUGCAACAAAAACAGAAAAUAUGAGCACUCUGAAAACAGGAAAAAGAUCAGAAAGACCUCAAUAGCUUGCCCUUCGGUUAGGCCCUGCUCAGGUCUCAAAAAUGUUUUUGCCAACAUGUGCCAUUACAGACAGAACCUAUAUCAUUUGCAUAUCAGACUGACCCUGUCCAUAAAAGCAGUCCAGAUCCAAAGUGCACGCAGGUUCCCUCUGCUCGAGGGAUAUUGUAACAGCGUAUGAUUUUUUUCAGCCCUCUUUUGGUCUCAUCCAUGAGGUGUAGUUUAUAUCCCUCUAGGCACAGUGAGCAAAGGGUUCAUGUGUGGAUUACCAAUUUAAAUUAGGGGAAGAGAAUAACCGAGAAAGAGAGAAUAAGACAGAAUUCUGCCUAUCACAUACUUAUAUUUAAUAAUUUAUUUUUAUUCUCUAUUUAUUUUCUCUUUUAUAUUCAGGCCCGGGAGCUACAGGCCAGAGUACUGAAGAGAGCUCAGAUAGAGCAGCCUGAUGUUAUCCCAGUUCAGAAGUGUCUGACAGCAGAAAUUUGUGCAGAAAUUGCAAAGCAUUGCACAGGCCAGCGAGAUUACGAAAAAGCAAUCAAAUUUUACAAAGAAGCACUUGUAUAUUGUGAAACAGACAGUAAGGUGAGUCACUGUCUCCUGUUAUAAUGUCAGUCUUUAUUUGACAGACUUGCUUCAGAUUCUUCACUCUUCCAGGAUAAAGAAAUAAUAGGGAAACUGAUACAAUCUAAAAAUUUUGAAAAUUAUGUUUAUCUCAUAUAUCGAACAAAUAUAUGUUUAGGAUGUCUAAAAACAUAGAAAAAAGUACAAAUGCACAUUUCUGUAUUUACUUCUACAUUGGGACUUAGUACCUCCAUUUUAGCUAACCCUGCUAACCAUUGCUAUAAGCUGUGCCAUUGCUAUUGUCAGCAUAGAGAGAUCAUAGUGAGAAGUGCAGAAAUGUUUCACCAGAGCAAUAUUAGACCUGGCUGUACAAGGGCUGAGCUUGACUGUAAUGUCAUUUUCAAACUCUUUAAUAAGCAUUUAAAAGAAAAUAGAGCAUAAAAUGUGAAAACAUAAUCUUCAUGUAAUUUUUCGUGUUUGAAUAGUUUGUCAUGAUUACUCCUCUCAUUUAAUUAGACAGUACUGUCACUUAAAGGAUACCUCCAGGCACCAUAACAACUUAAUUGAAAUUAAGUUGUUAUGUUGGCAGGGGGUCCUUGGGUGUUUUCUAACCUGGAAAGGUUAAACCAUUAUCAAACUGUUUAACCCCAAAGCUUGCCUUCUAAUGCCAGAUCUCCAAUUCCCCCGGCGGCAUCCAGCUUCCGCAAUUGACUUUCAGGAAGUGUGCAGUGCUGCCAGGCAGGGGUCUUCUGAUUGGCUAAAGUGGUCAUCUGAUGGUCUAAGCCAAUCGGUAGAUCCCUAUUCAUAAAAAAUCAUAUCUAGACCAUUUAAAAGGUGCCCUCUGGCCAGCUGUUUCUUCUUGUGUUGAGUGAAAUACAGCAAAUAUUAAAAUAGCGAUCAGUGACCAGAAAAAUUACAGUUGAAAAAUAAAGCAAACACAGCCUUCUAAAGUACAUGUAGAUAAAGUAAAAUAUGUAUCUAAUAGUUUGGGAGUACAAUCAUACAAACUGAAGUUAAUUAUUACUGUCUCUUUAAGUAGACAUUCUAAAAACUUUUUCAAAGAACACGUUUUUAAGUAUUAUUCUCUGUUGAUCAUUCCUAAUAGGUUUUGUAAUUUAUUUUGUAGGGAAGUAAUUUACUGACUAUAUAGGCAGUAUAUAUUUUAAAUAGUGCAUAUUUUAUACCAUCGUACUUUAUUUGUCUUCAGACAGACAAUAAACGUGUUCCACUAAUAGUUCACAUUUCCAAUAUUCUCUGCAGGUGAUGUUGGAGCUAGCACACCUUUACCUCGCUCAAGAUGACACAGAUUCUUGCCAGCAACAGUGCGCCCUGCUUUUAAAGAAUGACCAGGACAAUGAAGCCGCUACAAUGGUAUGUGAAAAUUAAAGUAACUUAAGAUUAAAAAAAAAACUUCAAGAUGUUAUUAUUUAAUUAUCUCAUUAUCGAUGAAAGGAAGGAAUUGUGGCACUUGUUUUGUAUAAAUUUGGCAGUUAAUACUUCCCCAACCAGAGUCUCUCCUUUCUGGCCGUAGAAUAGGUGAUACUGAAAGGGGUGUAGGGAAGCAGCGCCUUCCGGGUGCUCACAGGUCCGUAUAGGAGUUGCGUGGUAUAUAAAAAAAGAGCAAGAGAUCGCAUAUAGUGUAAUAUUUCUUUAGACUGAUGAAUAAAGGAAAAACACGCACAAUUUUCUGAAGCUUUUGAUAAGCUCCAAAUGUAUAUGCCUGGGCGGUAUGAUCCCCGCCUGUGGAUAGGUGGGUGCUUCUGGUCCUUUGAGGGUGGGUGUCCCAGGUCAGUGGAUCGCUUUAGUGUCAGGAGUGGAUUUAUUUAAUUGCAUGCUGCAAAUCAAUUGCAGCAUGAAAUUUUCCAGUAUAGAAAUUAAAAUUAAACCGGAUAUAUUGCCCAAGGAAAUAAAAGGGUGAAUCCUCCAAAUAAAAUCUUCAAUGGUAAAAUCAGAAAACUAGUUUUAUUUAAAGACAACUUAAUCAAACCAAAAUACAGCUAAAACACUUCUAAAAACACUUAAGCGUUUUGCUACAGAGGCUUACUCAUUGUGUUCAAAAUCUGGUUUGCUAGAAAUAAAUGAAUAAAAUCUGUGCUUACCUAACUAAACUAAUUUUGUAAGUCGUGCUUUUUUCUCCAACUUGCAAUGCUGCAGAUGAUGGCAGAUCUCAUGUUCAGAAAGCAGGACUAUGAGCAGGCUAUGUUCCAUUUUCAGCAGCUUCUGGAACGAAAGCCAGGUAUUGUUAUCGGCUCUCUAAACAUAAAUGUGUGAGUUUGCAGAGUGUACAGGAACUGAGCUUUAGUUUUCCAGGACAUUUGCUAUGUAACUGUGUAACUCACCCAGGGAAUAAAAUGGAAAAUUGCAGUUUAGUAUUGGUUUGCAAAUAUUUCCCUUGGAUCCUCUCAGCACUAUUAACUCCCCUGGCUGUCUAUAAUUUGUUUAACUGAUUUAGUACAGAGGCAAUUGCCCAACUUCAGAAGCAAAACAAAACCUAGAAUUGUUUGUUUCUCUUUAUGUGUGCACACACACAUUAUAUACUAUUUCUUUAAAGAGCAGAAAUAGCUUUCUUUUAAUAUUUCUUUUAAUAUCCUGUGUUUAUAUAGAUUAUAGAUAUGUGUAUAUGUAGCACAACAUUAAAUUUGAAUAAAAUGUUUGAAAUUUACAAAAAUGCAUUGUUUUGCAUAUAAUAAUGUGUACACAACAAGUGCAACUAAAGAAAAAGAACUCAAUAGAUUCAUGUAUUCGCUUUGGUUAAAUGCCUCAUAUGUCUACGAUCUAAAUUAAUUUUUGAUAGCUAACACUAACCCAAUCUCGACCUUUCUCUUAAUCCUACUCUUAACUCUAACCAUACACCUAACCUGACUUUACCCCUAAAAUUAAGCCAGCAUAAAAUUGACCCUCCAGACCCCUAAAGCAGUGAAGACUGUGUCCUUUUUUCUAUUAACAAAAAGUGCAGAUUUCUAUAUAUAUUUGCACUUUUAUAAAUUAUGCUUGUUACACCCCCCCGGCUGUCUAUCAGACAACCAGUCCGGUUACUUCCUUAGACUCAUGGAAGGCUGACAAUCAUUGCAGCUGGGCGUGAUUGCUCAGCUGCUGUGAUUUAAAUAGAUAUAAAGGGCUAUAGAUAUAAAUUAUUCUUGUUACACCCCCCUGGCUGUCUAUCAGACAAGCAGUCCUGUUAAUUCCUGAGACUCAUGGCAGGCUGACAAUCAUUGCAGCUGGGCGUGAUUGCUCAGCCGCUGUGAUUUAAGUAGAUAUAAAGGGCUAUAGAUAUAAAUUAUUCUUGUUACACCUCCCUGUCUGUCUAUCAGACAACCAGUCCUGUUACUUCCUUAGACUUAUGGCAGGCUGAGAAUCACUGCAGCUGGGCGCGAUUGCUCAGCCGCGGUGAUUUAAAUAGAUAUAAAGGGCUAUAUGAGGAGAGCUCAUUUUGAGAGCUGCAUACAGCUCAACUGUCAUUCUGUAGCCAAUAAAUAUGGCCCAGCUGAUAAAGGGGAUCCCCAGGUAUUGAUUAGUAACUGGGUCUCCCUGGUGAGAGUAAGGAUUUAAGAUUUAUGAAAGGGCGUUCUAACGGCUUUGAGACAACUAUUUGUAGCACUUGAUGGAAUGUCCUAAUGCCACUAAGGGAUUAAGACUUGAAUAUCUAUUGAGUUAAAAGAACAUGAGCUGUUAACUAACCUAGACAAGAAGUUUCUGUGAGGAAGAGUGACAUUAAACAUACUGAAUACUUGGGAUUUUGAUAUAAACAAUGUAUAUGUAGUUCGCUCCUUAGGAUAGUGACUAUAUGUUGUACCAGUUUUAGAAAAGUCUACAAUGUAACUACAUUGAGUUGUAUUCCUUCUUCUAGAUAACUACGCUACACUCUCUCGCUUGAUUGAUCUUCUAAGAAGAGCUGGAAAACUAGAAGAAAUACCAAAGUUUCUUGAUCUCGCAGAAAACCAUUCUUCUAGAGCCAAGCUAGAACCUGGGUUUCAUUACUGCAAAGGGCUAUACCUGUGGUAUGUGAAAGCUUCAUGUAUCAAGUUCAGUCAAAAUGUGGCCCUUCGACAACAGCCUUUAGUCUUUCCUCAGCCUUUGGAUUUUAUUUAAAAGAUAGAAUAGAAUAGAUUUUUGAAUUUUUAUAUAGCGCCAACAUUUUAUGAGGCACUGUACAGCAGUUGAUAUAUAGAAGCUCUUUACAGUUGCAAUCCAAUGCAAGUGCUUGUUUUAAGAACUACCAUGCAGUCUGCUUAACACCACAUCGUAGUUGGAUAGUAUCAUAGAAUGUUUUUCUAUAAUAUUAUAAGUUUUAUUUCUUUCCCCAGGAACACUGGAAACCCCAAUGAUGCCUUACGCCAUUUCAAUAAAGCCCGAAAGGACAGUGACUGGGGGCAGAAUGCUGUAUACAACAUGAUUGAGAUCUGUCUAAACCCAGAUAAUGAAACAGUCGGUGGCGAAGUAUUUGACAAUCUAGACGGUGAUAUUGGGUAAGGACAUUAAUACAGUGAGGGAAAAAAGUAUUUGAUCCCCUGCUGAUUACGAAAUGAUCUAUUUAAUCAAUGUUUAACUUUUUUGACAUGCGUUUUUCUUAAUUUAGUUUUUUUGUUAUUCUGUCUCUCACUGUUAAAAUACACCUACCAUUAUAAUUAUAGACAUAUCAUUUCUUUGUCAGUGGGCAAACGUUCAAAAUAAGCAGGGAAUCAAAUACUUUUUUCCCCUCACUAUAAAGUCUGCAUUUUAUGUUUCUGUAAUCAAAUACUGCACUGACAUUCUUAAAUCACAAAGUACCUAACUCUCUAAAAUACACAUAUUGCUGUUUACUUCAAUGUUGUAAUGGGGCAAUGUCAAAAUUAGAAAAUGGCUAUGGUACACCUUACCAUGAUGUUAAGACACACCUCUAUUUAGUAUGUCUGAAUUUAUUGAAAUUAAUCUUCUAAUAGGUCAAAAAAUAAGCAGGAAUUUAAUUUUGCUGUCUGGUGUUUCUGAGCAGCCAUGCCUUACAUGUUCAUCAGUAGCUUGUUCUAAACACUUGUGUCCUGUGCACAUUCAGUAGAAAUCCCUACUUCACAUUUAGAAGAGGUUUAAACUCCAUGCAUGUGCAUCAGUAUGCUCUGCUCUUACUAAGGGAUAUUGAUUAUAGUGUUUUGUGAAUGUUUCUUAGAAGCCCUUCCUUCAUUCUUUGGGGCCACACCAUUAAUGAAGAACAUGGCAAAGUAAUUCACUGGGACAUUAGACUAACUGAUCUAUUCUAAUGCAUAGUUUAACUGUGUUUAAAAGGAAUUCCACAGAAAAACAAGAGUCUGUCCAACUUGCCGUACGAACUGCAGAAAAACUUCUUAAAGAACUGAAGCCCCAGACACUUCAGGGUCAUAUACAGCUGAGAAUCAUGGAGAACUAUUGCUUAUUGGCAACCAAACAAAAAGCAAAUGUGGAGCGCGCACUUAAUACAUUUACAGACGUUGCAGCAGCAGAAGUAAGCUAUACUUUGCAUGUGUCAAAUGUAGACAUUGUUCAAAUGUUCUAUAACUCUGUAAUGUUCUGCUACCUUUACAUCAAAUAAGUAUUUAUAUGGUAAAAAAACCUUCCCAAAGACUCAGUAAAAAAAAUCAUACUAGGAUUAAAAGUUUAAAUGAAUCAAAUAUUCUAUAUAUCAGUUGUAUUAAACAAAAUUAUGUUCAUUUGUUGUUGAAUUAAAGGACCACUAUAGGCACCCAUACCACUUCAGCUCAAUGAAGUGUCUUUGUGCCAGGUCCCCAUAGUUUUAACCCUGCAGCUGAAAACAUAGCAGUUUCUGGGUGGUGCAGUAGACAUUGCUUACCUAGAUUUCAGUAAGGCUUUUGACACUGUUGCACAUAGAAGGCUUAUCAAUAAACUGCAAUCUUUAAGUUUGGAUUUAAAUAUUGUUGAAUUGGUAAGGCAGUGGCUGAGUGACAGGCAACAGAGGGUUGUAGUUAAUGGAAUAUAUUCGAAGCUUGGACUUGUCACCAGUGGGGUACCUCAGGGAUCUGUACUUGGACCCAUUCUCUUUAAUAUUUUAUUAGUGAUAUUGCAGAAGGUCUUGAUGGUAAGGUAUGUCUUUUGGCUGAUGAUACUAAGAUAUGUAACAGGGUUGAUGUUCCAGGAGGGAUAAGCCAAAUGGCAAAUUAUUUAGGUAAACUAGAAAAAUGGUCAGAAUUGUGGCAACUGACAUUUAAUGUGGAUAAGUGCAAGAUAAUGCAUCUUGGGCGUAAAAACCCAAGGGCAGAGUACAGAAUAUUUGAUAGAGUCCUAACCUCAACAUAUGAGGAAAGGGAUUUGGGGGUGAUUAUUUCUGAUGACUUAAAGGUAGGCAGACAAUGUAAUAGAGCAGCAGGAUAUGCUAGCAGAAUGCUUGGUUGUAUAGGGAGAGGUAUUAGCAGUAGAAAGAGGGAAGUGCCAUUGUACAGAACACUGGUGAGACCUCACUUGGAGUAUUGUACGCAGUACUGGAGACCGUAUCUUCAGAAGGAUAUUGACACCUUAGAGAGAGUUCAGAGAAGGGCUACUAAACUGGUUCAUGGAUUGCAGGAUAAAACUUACCAGGAAAGGUUAAAGGAUCUUAACAUGCAUAGCUUGGAGGAAAGAUGAAACAGGGGGGAUAUGAUAGAAACAUUUAAAUAUAUAAAGGGAAUCAACACAGUAAAGGAGGAGACUAUAUUUAAAAGAAGAAAAACUACCACAACAAGAGGACAUAGUCUUAAAUUAGAGGGACAAAGGUUUAAAAAUAAUAUCAGAAGUAUUACUUUACUGAGAGGGUAGUGGAUGCAUGGAAUAGCCUUCCAGCUGAAGUGGUAGAGGUUAACACAGUAAAAGGAGUUUAAGCAUGCGUGGGAUAGGCAUAAGGCUAUCCUAACUAUAAGAUAAGACUAGGGACUAAUGAAAGUAUUUAGAAAAUUGGGCAGACUAGAUGGGCCGAAUGUUUCUUAUCUGCCGUCACAUUCUAUGUUUCUAUGUUAAUCAAGCCACUAGUGGCCGUUUCCCUGACAGUAAUGCUUUCCUAUGGGCGGGUUUGAAAGCGCGCGCCUCUGGCCGCGCAUGCGCAUUCAGCUUCACUUGGGAGCUGACGUCGAUGGAGGAGGAGAGAUCACCAGUGCCGAGGGCGCCCGGCACUGGAUUAAGGUAAGCAAAUAAAUUGUUAAUUAACCAUUUAUCUGUCGCGGAAUGGGGCCCUAGUCACCAUUUAGGUGACUAGGGCUCUACAGCGUUAGGAAUACAUAUUCCAUUUGUUCCUUUAAAGCUCAUGUGAUGCACAUGGGUCGUUCCACCACAUUUGAAAAGCAACUUAUCAGUAGCUCAGAUCUACCAAUUGCUUGAAUACCUUUGCAUCCCUAGGUUAUACUUUAUAUGCAUUAAAGCUACAUUACCUUUUAUUUACCAGCCAAUACAAAUUCAGAUGAUUGUCUUGUGCACAAUUUACCACUCCAAAAUGAAUUGUAGCAAUGUUUUGUCAGUUUGUUAUAAUAUUCAUACUGUUAUGAUUUGUAAAGGAAUAGUAGCACAAAUGCAGAGACCCUUAAAGGACCACUCUAGGCACCCAGACUACUUCAGCUUAAUGAAGUGGUCUGGGUGCCAGGUCCUUCUAGGGUUAACCCAUUUUUUUAUAAACAUAGCAGUUUCAGAGAAACUGCUAUGUUUAUGAAUGGGUUAAGCCUUCCCCCUAAUCCUCUAGUGGCCGUCUCAUUGACAGCCACUAGAGGCGCUUGCGUGCUUCUCACUGUGAUUUUCACAGUGAGAGCACGCAAGCGUCCAUAGGAAAGCAUUAUGAAUGCUUUCCUAUGUGACCGGCUGAAUGCGCGCGCAGCUCUUGCCGCGCGUGCGCAUUCAGCCCAGAAGGAGGAACGGAGGAGGAUCGGAGGAGGAGAGCUCUCCGCCCAGCGCUGGAAAAAGGUAAGUUUAAACCCCUUUCCCCCUUCCAGAGCCGGGCGGGAGGGGGUCCCUGAGGGUGGGGGCACCCUCAGGGCACUAUAGUGCCAGGAAAACAAGUAUGUUUUCCUGGCACUAUAGUGGUCCUUUAAACAAAAGUUAACAAUACAAUAACACAGACUGAAUGGUCAACUAGAAAUGUGUUGGUUUAUGCAAAAUCAGCGAAUGGGAUACUGGAAUGCAGAAAUUACCACUUUAAAAAUACAAUCUGGAUAUGUUUGAGUAUAGUUUUAUUUUUUUAAAACCAGUACCUUUGCACAUUUCUUAUUGGUGCAUUAAAUAGCGCAAGUUUAGAACAGCCAGAAUUAUUACAGGGAUGUUGUAAUUGUGUUGCACUAAUUAGAUUCUUGUGCUGUCAAUAACGAUAUGCCUAAUUACUGCAUGAGUUAUACAAGUGUACCUAGGCUGACACAUUUUGUCCUUUAUAGAGUACAAUGUAGUGUCAGUUAAAACCACUAUUUAGGUGGCUUGCCACCCUUAGCUCCCUUUAGAUAGGGUGGAGAUGCUAAACAGUAGUGUUGUACAGUGUGCAGCACUGACCCAGGAAGCACUUCCAGUAGCCACCCAGUACCUCUUACCAGUGGUUAGAAUUCCUAGCCAUUGCUUAACACCGUGCACUUCCUAACCACACCAAAAAUAGCACUCUUAUGAAUGGCAUGUUUGUCAGUUAUUUACUAAAUUGUGACUUGUGACUCAAAUUGUGAAAUUGGGAAUUGUUUGUCAGUUAUUUUCUAAAUUGUGAAUUGCAAACUUAACUAAAUAGACCAGUCUACGUUACACUUUUGAGCACUAUUUGGCUACACUACUUAAUAUUUCAAGAUUUUUGAAAAAUAUGAUAUGAUGCUUGCUUGAGUAUAAAGUUAUUAAUAAUAUGUUGAGUGAACUAUCAUUAAUAUUUGUGUGAUUUAAAUACCUCCAGAAGGACCACGUUCCGGCGCUUUUGGGAAUGGCCACUGCCUACAUGAUCUUGAAACAAACUCCAAAGGCAAGAAACCAGUUGAAACGAAUAUCCAAAAUGAACUGGAAUCCGAUAGAUGCAGAAGAGUUUGAAAAGAGUUGGCUUCUUCUAGCAGAUAUUUACAUUCAGUCCGGGAAAUACGACAUGGCGGGCGAGCUUCUGAAGCGCUGUCUUCGGCACAACAGGGUGAGUGUCAGAUUUGAUGGGAAACUUAAAUCAGAUAGAAACAAACAGAACAACUACAGCUUAUUGAAUUUGUUCUGGUGAGUAGAAUCAUUACCUUCUGGCUUUUUGCUGUAAACACUGUCUUUUCAGAGAAAAUGCAGUGUUUACAUUACAGCCUAGUGAUUACUUCACUGUCCACUCCUCAGAUAGCUGCUAGAGAUCCUUCCUGGGUCAUGGCUGCCUAAAAUGCAUCCAAAUAUUCAGUAUCUCCUCCCUCUGCACGCAGGCACUGAACUUUCCUCAUAGAGAUUCAUUGAUUCAAUUCAUCUCUAUGAGGAGAUACUGAUUGGCCAGGGCUGUGUUUGAAUUGAGCUGGCUCUGCCCCUGAUCUGGCUCUUUGUCAGUCUCAGCCAGUCCUAUGGGGAGGCACUGUGAUUGGAUCUUCUGGUCAAAAGGAAACAGGGACCAAGUAAGCAGCUCCAGACUUGAAUACAAGUAAGAUUUUACUAUAUUUAAGGAGGCAUGAGGGAGGCCAGGGGGUUUAGAUGGUGGUUUUAACACUAUAGGGUCAGGAAUACAUGUUUGUGUUCCUAACCCUAUAGUGCUCCUUUAACUGGACCUCUGGUAUUGUAAAUAAAUAUGUAAAGUCUCUUAAUAAAAACACUUUGGAAACACUGGUGCUUAGUAUUUAAUCUGCAUAGAAAUGUAAAAUUGGGUACGUAAAUGGUUCACAUAGUUUGCCAUCUAUCUUUCUCUCUGUCCCUCUCUCACUCAAUUUAUAGAUAUGUGUUUGUUACUAUAAUAUGGCAAUGUUAAGUUAGAGGCACAUACUAGGCAUUAUGCUUGCUGCUUGAAGUUAUAGCCAUAUAUGCCCAUCUGGCUUUUCUGCAGAAAUUAAAGAAACACUAUAGGCACCAGAAAAAGACAGCUUCAUUAAUGUAAAUGAUCCCAUUUAUGAGAAAUGACCGUCUUUACACUGCUGCCUAAGGCACCUCUAGUGGCUUUCACUCUAACAGUCUUGGUAAAGAUAGCAGGCGUUCAACACGUCAAUAUUCUCCAUGGAGACUCAACAUUUACCUAUAGAGAUAGUAGAUGCAGGUGGCAUUGCAGCGAUUGACGGAUAUGUGCAGUAACCCCCCUUGUGCAUCCGACUGGCUGAGUAUCAUCAGUAUCCAUAGUCUCCAUUAGUGGAGGCGACUGAUGAGACCAGUGCACCGUGUGAAGGAAGGUAAGCUUGUUUAAAAACAAGUCCCUCUUCACCUCCUGUAUGUCACGCGUGUUUUGUUAGAAUUAAAGGUUUGUCUUGUUUUAUUGCACCUUGGUGUGAAAUACGUUGAAGCUAUAUGAGUAAUUGUACAUAAAACUCUUUUUACACUUCUGGGUGGCCUUUAAUCUAAUGCACAGGACACCACACUGAACUUUUAAUGCACAGGACACCACACUGAACAGUAGCCUGAAUCUUGGGGGAUAUCUUGGCUAACACUAGAGCAAAAGGAAUACAACCCUAUAGUGUCCAUUUCAGCAUAGCUUUGCUUGUGAGGCCAGAGGAAAAGAAAGCAGAGUGUAUCCUGCAAUGUGUUUUAAUUUCAUUCAGCUGUGCUGUGGGGGAUUAGCUAGAAUAGCUUGUGUCCAUUUGUUAGAGGCUGGCGAGAUGUGACUAGGGGAGGUAAAGAAGGGAAUCUAAGUUAGGUGUUCUAGAAAUAGUUGUAUCUAAUACAGGAAGAUGAUACAGUAAUAUUUCCUGAGAGAUGGUGGUGAGAAGUAAUGUGUUGUUGAAGGGGUAGUGAGGGACAAAUGUGCUAGAAGGAGUGAUAAGGAAAGAGACUUGUUUGCAUUGAAGGGAAUGAAAUGUGUUCAGUUGGUGAAAUACAAAAUGUUGUUGUAGGGCAAAGUGGGAAAUGCAUCUUUUGGGUUUGUAGUGAGAGAACAAAUGUGACUGUUAGUGUUUGGAUAGUAUAAAAAAAGCUAUUUAAGUUUAUGUAUGUGUGUAUAUACAUAUAAACAGCGCCAGUGCUCGCUGCCUGUUACUGUCUUCCACAUUUGGACAGACAAUGAAGUGACACUCCUCAUCUCAGCAGCUGCAGAGGGACACCAUUUAGGUGAUGUCUUAAAACACUUUGACAAAACCCAAAAGGAACUAUGUGUACCAUAACCACUAAAAUUAAGCUCUUUAAUAUUCAUUGGAAAGCCUACAAAUUCUGCUAUGUGCAUAAUCAAAAAAAUACCAUUUAUCAAAGCAGAAUUCUCUGAGGGCUUGUGCUGUUCCGAUUCUAGAAGCAAUUAAACCGACAAUACAAACUGUUCUGCACAGUAGCUUUUUUCUCAUUUGUAUCCUAUACCUCAAUCCUAGCAAUCUAAUUGGCAUGCGAUUCAUGUUAUGACAUAUAUUAGCUAUAACCAUAUUCAGGUUUUUUUCUCCCUAGGUAGAGUAUGAAUUUGACAUAGGCAGAGUCCUAGUCCAUCAUACAAAUAAUAGAGGCUAUAUGGUUUUCUGGCAGGUUAAAUUAGUUCUUAACAAGGAAAGAAGAUGAAAUAGAGUUGGAAUAAGUAAAUUCCUAAUGCAAGUUAGCCUCAUUGGCUCUUAACAGUUUAUGUUAAUAUGGCACACAUUUUAGUACAUCGCUAUAUACUGAAAAAGCCAAAGAGUGUACCGGAUUCUCGUUUAAAGGCACCGUAACAGGUGUACUUAUCUCCUCCACUAAAUACAUUUAGUUUGUACUAUGAAAUGUUUUGCCAGCUUGUGUUCCCUUUCUGUUUCUUACUGUAUUGCUACGGUAUUCAUAUUUCUACAUGUUUAGAGUCACAGGAUAUAUAUUAUUGCUACACUUUACAAUGCAUGUUACAUAGUAAGAGGCUUUAUCUCUGAAGGUAUUUUAUAUUGUUUGCACAGUAACACUUAUUUUUAAAAAGAAAAUCUUUAUUAAACACAAUCCAUUCCUAAAUGUCCUUUUAUCAUUAUUAUUAUUAUUAUUAUUAUUCUUUUUGUAUGGAAAGUCAUUUGAUGAUACAUAACAUUUAGUAAAACUUGCACGAUAAUACAUCAAUACGUACCAUCUUUGUGACUGAUGUGGUUGCAGACUCAAAAAAUAGUACAUGUAUAUUGAACAGCACAUUGCCAGACAUGUUUUUGCACAAUUGAAUUUCGUAACAUGUGUAUGUAUGUUCUUUCACUUGAAGACAACCAAAAAAAACAGCAUUUUUUUAAAGAAUAAUAAACAGAACAAAAAUGAACAUUUAUUCCAUGUUGCUUCAUUGAUUAAGGUAUGUUAAACGGUAUGUCAGUUUACCCUUUGUAUAAAAAGGUGUCACCUUAUCUGUAGGGUAAAUUAAUCAGCUACAGUGACCUUAGCAAUAUCAGUUUUUACAAUCUUAACACUCUCCGCCAAUGAGAGAUGGACAGAAUUGACAUUGCUAGUGAGGAACUAGGAAGUUUGAUUUAGUGAUGUGAAAGGAUCCUGAACUGCAGGCACUCAGGGACCCUAGUAAGUGUCAAACUGUUUGUUUCUAACAGUGGAAUGGUAACAAAAUUGUGCAUAUUUGUCACAUAAACACACAUUAUUACACAGCACUCGGUUACAGUAAAUGUGUUCUAAUGUGUGUUUAUGUGACAAAUAUAGUAUUCUCUAUAGCUACUAGCAGUUUGCAUCGUGUGAUAUGUUCUCUAGCACCAUCAUACACAACAAAAUUAUGCAAGGAGUGAAAUUUGCAAGAUUUAUUCAUCUUUUGAUUGCCUCAACCUUGCAAAACACCCUUAUCAUUUUUGCAUCUAUUUAAAACUCAUCAUUCUUGUUUUGCAGUCUUGCUGCAAAGCUUAUGAAUACAAUGGCUACAUAAUGGAAAAGGAACAAGCUUACAAGGAUGCAGCCAACAACUAUGAAAUGGCCUGGAAGUAUGGAAACAGAGCAAAUCCGACCGUGGGUAAGAGCAGCAAAAUGACAAUAUACAUUGUGUUUGAAAAUAAACUAGACAUUUAUUUUCGAAGAAUGAUGAGAAACAUUUGUUUCUACUUGUUGGUAAACUCAAGUCCAAACACUACCCAAGUAGUAGAAUUAUAACCAUAGUUACUAUGAAAUGAAUGGAUUAUUAUUAAAGGGUGUCUGUCACUUCCCCCAAUACCACACCAUUGAGUAGAAUACUGAAAAUCAUUUGUAUCUUGUGUUUCCUUUUUAUCCCCCGUGAGAUCCUACAUUUUCUUAUAAGUGUAUGCGUAAGAUUUAAAAAUGGAUAAAAUGAUAUAAUAAUCCAGUUCAGACAAGGCAAGCGUGCCAUGCAAACAUGGCAGACAAGGAGGAGAAAUGUAAACACUUGAAUUUUUUAUCUUCUCUGUAUCGUUCUUUAUGCUGACUGCCGGACAGAGCUGAAAACAAUAAUUGACAGGCAGCAAAGAUGGAGGCGCCAGGAUAAAGAGAUGUGAAUUUCUACAUUUAAUUACAUUUUUUUACACAUAACAAAUGCAUAUUUGUUAAAAAAUAUUAUGGAAAAGUAAGCAUAAUAUUAAAAACCCCUGGAAGUGGCUGUUCCCUUUUAAUGCACAGGGCACCACACUGAAUAGAAGCCUGAAGCUUGGGGGAUAUUCACAAAAUGUGAUAACUUGCUAAAUGCAAACCAAAACCAAAAAAAAAACAUUAUGAUUGAACUAAGAGAGAGUUCACUGUUUUAAUAGAGUAUGUAUCCUUUUUCUUUUAGGGUAUAAACUGGCAUUUAACUAUUUGAAGGCCAAGCGAUAUGUUGAUGCAAUUGAUGUUUGUCACAAGGUAAGAAUACAAAACUUAAAUCGAAAAAAAACCCAGAUAAAAUAUUCACCAUAAAUAAAGAAUGUCUGGGGUUAACUUCACGAUGAUGGUUAUAAUUAUAAACACCAUACAUCAAAAUAUGUCUGGGCACCAAUAUCACCAUGAGUUCUUUGUCUCAACCUGAACCAGCUAUUUCAACCUUAAAGGGACUCUCCAGUGCCAGGAAAACAAACCAUUUUCCUGGCACUGCAGGUCCCCUCUCUCUCCCACCCCCCAUCCCAGGUUGCUGAAGGGGUUAAAAUCCCUUCAGUGACUUACCUGUAUCCAGCGCUGACGGACAUCAUCCGGCAGGGGAGACCUAUUUCGCAUGCGCGGCCGGCGACGGGGGAGACCUAAUGCGCAAUGCCGCGCACACUCAUUAGACUUCCCCAUAGGAAAGCAUUGAAAAUGCUUUCAAAGCUUUCCUAUGGGGAUUUCAGCGACGCUUGAGGUCCUUACAUAGCGUGAGAGACGCUACAGCACAGAAAAUCUGUGCUAUAAACCCGGAAGUGCCCUCUAGUAGCUGUCUAGUAGACAGCCACUAGAGGAGAAGUUAACCCUGCAAGGUAAAUAUUGCAGUUUAUGAAAACUGCAAUAUUUACAGUUGCAGGGUUAAGGGUAGUGGGAGUUGGCACCCAGACCACUCUAAUGGGCAGAAGUGGUCUGGGUGCCUGGAGUGUCCCUUUAAUUGUGAAAUUCCCUUCACUCUUCCGAGUUUAUUUAACAACUUUCAGAGAUUGUGAUAGCAAAAGAAAAGAAAAACAUAUUGGCACAUAUAUUUCAAACAUUUCCUAUCUUAAAAAGAAACACUGAGGUUUAUAUUGGAUUUUAUUUCACAACCAAGCAUUCUAGAACUUCUCCAUGUUUUCAUUCAGCAGACUGGUACAAUCCCCUCCUCCAUAGUGAGCAAAAAUUACCAUUUUAUGACUAAUUGUAAUGGAUUUUUUUUUUUACGCUAGUUACAAUAAUUCAAGUUGAGUCAAUUGGAUGACAGCAGCCACUCAAACCACACUGCACUUUACAACAAAUGACUCAUGUUCGCACUGAAAUCACAGAAUUAUAAUGAUUAUAUAUUAUGUAAAAGAACAUUGGUGACUAUUUCUUUUGAUAGACAUGUAUAAUGUUAGGCUUAUUCUUUUAAACACAGAAAUCCAAAAAAGUUAGAACUGAAUGUGCUGGAUGUGGCGAUGUGUCACUCAUACUUUAUUUUACUAAAAUAAUUUAUGAUUCUUGUCUCAUGUCAAAUAACUGUACACCACCAAACAAUAAAUGUAAGGGAAAACAAUCUUUUCAGUGUGCAGACUGUGUUUUCAAUCCCCGUAGUGAACAGAGGAUGAUGUAAUCUGUUCAAUUUAUCCGCACUGUACACUGCAUGGGGCAAAGAAGUUAGUUGAGAGUGUGGCUUUCAUUAUUAUAUCUGUAGUGUGGCAAUAUACAGUGAUAAAAAUUUCAUGCAUGGCUAAUAAUACCUGGAGUUUAGUUAGACCGAUAUACAAAGAUACAUCAUAACAACACAGCUUUAAAGAUCAUGUAUCAAAAUGGAAUGUCCCAUUUCAAGGAACACUCUGAGUACCAUAACUACUACAGAACACUGAUUAUGGUGCCAGGUUCUUCCCCCUCCCCCCCAUUGUAAAGUGUCAAAACAUUUUAGUAAAGUUUGACUUCUUACCUGGGGUACAUGAGCUCUCCUGAGCACUGAGCCAGUGAGAACGGUCCAAUCAAAUGCAGUGAAGUCGGACAGGGCAAGGAAAUAAGUGAGGUGAGCCAAAUAGGGCAUUUUAAAUUAAAAAAAGAUAAGUCUUGCGCUCACUCCCAUCACUCCUAGGUGGCGGCAACGACCACAGUACACAUCGGCCCCGAUACAUACAGUAAAAAACUAAGAAAAAGUUACCUGUGCUCUCUCCUAAAUCCCUAUGUAUAUUUAAACAAAUGGAGGUCAUUUAGUUACUCUAAUGGCCAUUGAGUGAAAGGUCAGUGUAGGACCCGCCUGGGGGGUGGGGGGUCUGCCUUGACGUUGGCAGGCGGGCAUUCCCUCCAAUGGCCAUUGGAGUAACUAAAUAACCUCCAUUUUAAAUUAAAGAAAAAGAAAAUGUUUUUUAAAACGGCUUAAAGUAACAAUUUAGUAUUCUUGCCUAUGGCAGACAGUUAUAUAUUUACUAGAUUACUAACAAUAGAUUGUGCAAACUAAAGCAAAUUGUGCCUAUUCAUGCCUCUCCUUAUUGAAGAUGUAGCUUUUAUUUUACAUUAUGUGUGUUAUAUAUCUAUAUUUGAUUCUGUAAUUGGAUACAUAUAUAUAUAUAUAUAUAUAUAUCUAUCAUAAACCUAAAUAUGAUCUAUUUAUUAAUUUUUCACUUAAUAUCUGUUCACUAACUGCAUUUUUUUUUUUAUUGAACAGGUUUUAGAACUCCACCCAAGUUAUCCUAAAAUAAGAAAAGACAUACUUGACAAGUCCAGAGCUGCAUUACGAACCUAAGGAAGUGAAUAUUGAUGAGCAGUCAAAUCAUUGUGUAUUUAUUUAUUCUCGGUUAUUGCCAUUCCAUUUAUACAAUUAAAACAUGUCAUUAUUUUUUUAUUGAAGCAAACUGCAUUUGGAGGGGGAACCUCCUUGAAAUCUUAGGACAACGCUGCAAGCUAUAGAAUUCAUUUGUCCCUGUUUCAAUCUGAGAGCAGAAUAGUAAACGGACAGAAUGGAUAUUUUACAAUAUGCUUCUAUGACUUUAGAGUCCAGCAACAUAAAAAUUAAUGUAAAAUACAAAGACUUUUUUUUCAAAGUGAAUUUAUAGAAAUUAUUAUUUUAUUUUUUUUAAAAAACACUUUUUUUUUUUUUUUAAGCAAAAAUUUAAGAGACAUAAAGAAAUUUUGGUAGACAGAUAACUAUAUUUUUUCCCUUUUUUUGUACAGUACCUCAUAAUAUUACAAUGUGCAUAUAGCCACUUUGUCCACUAGAGGGUGAUGCUGCUUUUAGGAAGAUAGAAUGUUGUAAGGUUUUUUUUGUGUGUCUGGUAGCAUGUGUACAUUUUUUAUAUAACAAAAACUAAGUACUGUAUUGAUAAUUAUGCAUUUUAAAUAGUUUUUGCAAUAUGGAAAUAUGAUUUUAUGGACAUUUUUGUGUGUAUGUAUGUGUGUGUGUAUAUAUGUGUGUGUGUGUGUGUGUGUGUGUGUGUG